CUCAAACGAAGCGCAAACCUGAAGGCCGGAGGGCAAGUACUUCGUAACUGUAAAGGAAUCUGGGGCGCUGGCUCGGGGGCACCGGAGGGCAUGCUUCCGCCCACCCCACGGGUCACUCUGCUCGUCCUGCCAUAUUCCCUCCGGGCCUCGCCUCUCUCUGCCCCUCUCUCCAGCGACCCUGCACCGAGGGCGCGCGAAGCCUGAGGUGUGUCGCUGUGGCUGCAAAGCCCCGAGCGCGAACUUUCUCAAUUGAUUGGCUCAGCUGCACAAGCGACUCCCCCGCUGGGCUCGGCGGAGCUCGCGCUGCCUUCCAACAGUAGCUGCGCUCGCUCCUCCUGCACCAGACCGCCCUGCUCCUCUCCGCCACUCGGAGGGCGCAGCCCCAGCCUCAGCAGCAGCAGCAGUCGCAUCAUGCAGCAGCCGCCGGCUCCAGCUGCUGCCCUCUUGCUAGUCCUGCUGGCUACAGACUCCUCGCAGAGUGAGUAGUACUUCGGGGGGCUUCGCCUUUUCCUCCCCCCGCCCCCCGCCCUCACUGGAGAAAGAAAACACCCCUCUUUUACCCGCCAUUCUUGCAAUUUCUCCUUGCAGAGAAAAAUCUCACUUCGGCUUUAUCCCCCCUCUCUCUCCACCCCCCGCCCCACUCUUUAAUUAGCCCCCUCCCUUUAAUUAUUAAUCGAUAUAUAGCAAAGUCUCCACACGAGCAAUGCAGCUUCUCCGGACUGGGGGAAGAACAGUAUUAUAUAGAGACAUGUCAGCCCUUUUACUGCUCUAACCAUUGCCCCUCAAGGUCAGGACAUCCCAAACGCCUUUCCUCACAAGGAGCCGGUUGCACCCAAUGGGCCACCCAGCCAAGCCUGCCUGCCUGCCUUUCACUUCAAUGGUGCCUUAAAACAAAACAAAUGUUUAUGUUCUCAAGCCUCCCCCCGCCCCAUCACUUUUUGGAGACCUUCUGCUGCUGGGCUUUAAGGGCUGACUUUACCAUUUUCCAGAAAAAGGGUGGGUGGUGACACACUCCCUCUGCUCCCCCUCACCCAUAUCCCCGGCCAACCAUUGUUUCUUGGGGAGCGAGAGAGAGAGCGCGCGCGCUCAAGAGGGCAAAGGGGCGCAGGGAUGUCAUUGUUUAUGGCCCGGUGAGGUGGAUCUCGGUGGCGCCGCUUUGGGCGCGCUGGCGGCUGCUGGGCAUUGUUUUGGUUGCUGGACGCAGGCAAAGGGACGUCAAUGGAGGAGCUGGUCUAGCCCCUUGUGAGCUGAGGGGACAGGGAAAGCCGCAGCGGGACUCCCCCCACCCCACCCCAUGACAGUUUCACAGACUCCUCCGGCUGCAAAGUGCGCGGCGGGGCCAUUGUUUCCCGAGCGCGAGCGCGCGCGCCUCCCCACACCCCCGCGCAGCUUUGCACGCUCCGCUCUUUUGUUACCGUCGGGGGGGGGGGGUGGUUUUCCAAUGCUAAUGGCUCCUUUCCCUGCUUCCCUUCGGGCCCCCAGCUAUGCUGCUCCACAGAACCCGGGAGGAGGCUUCGCAGUUCCUUCGGCAGAGGCACCGCCGAGCCUACCAGAUUUUCGAAGAGACCAAGCAAGGCCAUCUGGAGCGAGAGUGUGUGGAGGAGCUCUGCAACAAAGAGGAAGCCCGGGAGGUGUUUGAGAACGACCCUGAGACGGUAAGGAGGGAGAGGGAGAGAGGUGCCGGUGAUAACUAAUUUAAUUAAUUUAUUUUUAAAAAAUUAAAUGAGCAGUUGAGUGUUCAGGCCUGCUGCAAGCUGCAGGAGUGGGGAACGAGGGCGCCAGCUGCUCGCACAGCUGGGGAAGUUGUUUGGAGGAGGAGCCAUUAGAUAAAUAACUGAAACCACACAGGGUAACCAGCACUUCGCUUAACAAGAUUGCGUUUGGAUUUCUAGGCCAAGAAAGCGGCAGGGAGGCGCUGUUUAUAUUGGACUAAAUUGGCAUUAAUCUGCUAAUACGAGUUUCUUCUUGGGGGGGGUGUUACUGGGGUGGGGAGAGAGGAGUUUAACUUGUCAUAGUACUUAUGAGAAUCCUUUGGGAUAUCUUGGGUUUUCUGCUUCACUCUUCCACCUCUCCUGGACUCUUAAAGUGUUUAAAAUGCUUGCAAGCCCCAAGGAUUUUGCUGAAGCAAUCUCCUGAAAAGAAGCAUUUCAUAUUUUUCCAAUUUAGAUGAGUGAUCAAAAUCUUCUGUUGGAUUGGGAUUUUCCUCCCCCCCCCCUUUCUGGAUGAAAACUUGUUUGUUACUAGGUACAGUGGUACCUCAGGUUACAUACACUUCCGGUUACAUAUGCUUCAGGUUACAGACUCCGCUAACCCAGAAAUAUUACCUCGGGUUAAGAACUUUGCUUCAGGAUGAGAACAGAAAUCGUGCUCCGGCAGCAGCAGCAGGAGGCCCCAUUAGCUAAAGUGGUGCUUCAGGUUAAGAACAGUUUCAGGUUAAGUACGGACCUCCGGAACGAAUUAAGUACUUAACCCGAGGUACCACUGUAAAUGUAAGCAGUCAUUGACCUUAUGUAGAAUGAGUCUGGUUUUUUAAAGUAGUUUGCCUAGUGAGAACAAUGUGGUUAUAGGUCUACAGCUGUUUAGUUCUAAAACUCUCAAAAGUGUAAAGAAUGCAUUUUAAAUAAAGUGUGUUUCAAAUGGGUCAUCAAUAGGUUUGUGUUAUGCUUGUAGUAUUCAGAUUGGCUAGUAUUUUUGCAUAAAUAGAAUGGCGUUUGAAUGGCUGCUUAAAAAUGAUUUCCUGAUUUGCUCACAUCUUCCAGAUGUGCUGCUCUGAAUAGGCUCUUUUAUUGCUCGGAUUAUCUGGCAUUAGUUUAGGGAAUAAAUUUCCUGGAGAAGAAAUUGACUGGUGAUUUUGCACAGGGCUGUGCUUUCCCGUUAAUGAUUUGAUGCAAGUGGGUAGGGAAAGAGUUAUGUAGGUCAAAAGUACUGAGAAUGGGAGGGACUUGGCUGCUUUCUCUUAGAGUAGUUAAUGUUUCGUAUUUAAGGCAAAACAUGUCUUGACAUGUAUACUUUUAAUAGACUUGGAACUAUCGCAGCGUGAAGAAUAGUUGCAAAAAAUAGGGGGGGGAAUGCAGCAAGUAACUUCUGCUAGAAGUGUUUACUGUGGGGUUUCAACACCAAGAUCCAGGUGAAAUCAAGGUGUUUUUGUUUAAAGAGAAAAAUAGACUGGGAUAUUAUUUUCCUAUUUAAUGGCGUGCAAUUAAGACUUUAUAAGUUGGGUAGCAGGGACACGGGUGGCGCUGUGGGUUAAACCACAGAGCCCAGGACUUGCCGAUCAGAAGGUCGGCGGUUCGAAUCCCCGCGGCGGGGUGAGCUCCCGUUGCUUGGUCCCUGCUCCUGCCAACCUAGACGUUCAAAAGCAUAUCAAAGUGCAAGUAAAUAAAUAGGUACCGCUCCAGUGGGAAGGUAAACAGCGUUUCCAUGCGCUGCUCUGGUUCGCCAGAAGUGGCUUAGUCAUGCUGGCCACAUGACCCGGAAGCUGUCUGCGGACAAACGCCGGCUCCUUCGGCCAAUAAAGCUAAAUGAGCGCCGGAACCCCAGAGUCGGUCAUGACUGGACCUAAUGGUCAGGGGUCCCUUUACCUUUUACCUUUAAGUUGGGUAGCAUUGCAGAGUAAACUCAUUAACGGUUGUGUUCUCACUGAGUUGAUCUCAUAAAUUACUUACUGAUACUUGUACAUUCUUAACUUUUAAAUAUUAAGUGCCACACUUGAGCUGCAUUGGUAAGGCUUGGGGUGGAGGAUAGUAUGUGGUGCAUUCAUCUCUCCUGGCCUCCACUGGCAGAGCUUCUUCACUGCAGCGGAAGCCGAAGUGUUUGGUACCACCAUCCUUGGUGGUUUUGCCUUUAGCCAGUGGUUUUCAACCAACGUGCCUUGAAUGAUGGUCAGGUGUGCCGUGAGCAACGCUGCCCUCUGUCUCUCUUUCCUUCCUUAUUUUAUUUGAUGCCCUCUCAUGUCUCUGCCUCCCAAAGGCUUGUGCAGCUAUUUAUUGCAGCAGCCCUGGCUAUAAGCUCCGCAGGCAGGGCCGGAUUUAGAUGAAGAGAGGCCCUAGGCUACUCUACUUGUGAGGCCCCUCCCCAUCCCCCACCCUCACAACUACUGUAGACGAAAAUGGAAGAGUGUUAUAAACAAAAUUGAGUGAAGCCAAGGUUGAUGACGGGUAUUUAAAAUUCUACAAUUCACAAUUUCUUCUCUAAAGGACAUAAGAUAUUAUUGUUAAAUACCAUGGUGAUUUUAAAAAAUGCAUAAAAUUAACACUGAAAAACUUGCAAUAACUGAACUUUGUGAACUUUUUGUGGCCUGGGCAGGCCUGGAAGUAGUUCCCAUGUCUUGUUCCUCUCUAAGGAAUCAAGUUCAGCCUUCAUGGCAUUUAACCAUGGCUCAGCAUCCUCUGAGGUUAAACUUUCAACCUCUUGGAAGCUUGAAGGUUCCCAAACCUUCUCUGAGUUACUAACAACAGCUGUAUCUGCUAUGACUGUUUUAGCAAACUCUUCAGCAUACCUUUUGGGUGGUUUACCCUUUGUGGCCCUUUCAGAUCUGCAUACUAUACACAAGUCUUCCAUGCUAGGCUUCUCCUCUUUAGGAGAAUGGUGGGCAGGCCUGUGUGUAAUAGUUGCUGUGCCUGAGUUGCCCUGCCCUCACAUGAAGUCUUAGGUUUACAAUUUUGGGAGAGGGGACUAAGGAGGAGAGAGAGGAAGUGGGAUUCUCCUAAGCUUCUGGGGGAAGAAGAGAAUGGUGGGUAAAGUCCCUUACAAAUAUGGAAAUGCAGUGAGCUUAAAGAGGUAGAGAUGUAUUUUUGGAGUUCAGCAUUCAGUGCAUUUAAUGAAAGCUAAUGCAGUGACUGAGCUCUGAACUGGGGAUGCUUCUGGUUCAAAUGCUAUCUCAGUGAUCAACUACAGUGGUACCUUGGGUUACAGAUGCUUCAGGUUACAGACUCUACUAACCCAGAAAUAGUACCUUGGGUUAAGAUCUUUGCUUCAGGAUGAGAACAGAAAUCGUGCGGCGGCAGCGGGAGGCCCCUUUAGCUAAAGUGGUGCUUCAGGUUAAGAACAGUUUCAGGUUAAGAACGGACCUCCAGAAUGAAUUAAGUUCUUAACCCGAGGUACCACUGUACUGGAUAGUAUUAGGCAAACCUCUAUCUGCCUCCCUUUCCUCACUCCCUGAAUAGUAUGUGCUGUAUAAAUGCAGAUAAAUUAUAACACCCCUAUGAAUGUUACUAGGAAUUAAUGCCACUUUACAACUUUUAUGUCAAUAUCAUGUAAUUUGCAGGUUUUACAUGCUAUCAUAGCACAGCACCGAAAAAGAACAUCAGAAUUGUUGUUUAGGUCAAUCAUUUAUGUAUUCCAGCCUUUCCUAAAAAUACAUAAUGCUGCAUGUCAUUUGGUGUUUCAGUUAGGCUAGAAUUAGAAAGGUGAAAGCAAAGCAACAGUUUGUGCUCUAUUGUUCAGAGUCAUGACCUGUGCGGUUGUCUGUAUGGACCUUCUUCCCAAAAGGUAUGCUGGUCUGUGACUGAAAUAAAGUUUGAUACUGAUACUCCCAAAAGGUAUUUGAGACUGUGCUUCUAAAUGGUCCUACAGGGCAAGCUAGAUGUGACACUACACAUGUCUCGUUUACAUUAAGGUUACCAGAUUUUUUUCAAUGAAUCCGGGGACACUUCUCAACUUCAAUGGAUUUUGUAUGGGGACUGAUUUGUAAAUGUGGGGACUGUCCCCGGGAAACAGGGACGUCUGGUAACCUUAGUUUACAUAGAGGAAAGUGGGGAUGGGGGAAUCUAGACCACAACACUGGACGCGGAAGAGUGGCUCUUUGACCCAUCCAAAUUGAGUUCCUUUGUGUUGGCUACUUGCAAAGGGUGGAGAACUCUUAUUGGCAGUUUGAGGAUGUAGCUUUGUAGCUUAAAAAAAAAUACUUAGGGUGCACAAGAUUUUUCUCUGGCUGUAAUACUUUUCAUAGGUUUGAUCUUCUUGCAGUCCAUGGGACUCUCAGGAGGAGACUCUUGAGAGUCCCAUGGACUGCAAGAAGAUCAAACCUAUCCAUUCUGAAGGAAAUCAGCCCUGAGUGCUCACUGGAAGGACAGAUCGUGAAGCUGAGACUCCAAUACUUUGGCCACCUCAUGAGAAGAGAAGACUCCCUGGAAAAGACCCUGAUGUUGGGAAAGAUUGAGGGCACAAGGAGAAGGGGACAACAGAGGACGAGAUGGCUGGACAGUGUUCUUGAAGCUACCAGCAUGAGUAUGACCAAACUGCGGGAGGCAGUGGAAGACAGGAGUGCCUGGCGUGCUCUGGUCCAUGGGGUCACGAAGAGUCGGACACGACUAAACAACAAAUACUUUUCAUAUUUGGAAGUAGAAACUGCUGGCUCUUUCUCUACAUGGCUGUGGAGUCUUUUCUCUGCUUGACAAAUUAAAAAUGUAAGAUAUUUGGUCAUGCAUCCCUGCAAUUAACAUGUGUCCUGGGAUGCAAGGACAUUGAUUUGUGUGAUAUAACUUCUCUGCAGGGGAGAUGGUUUGUUUGAGAAUGACAAUUUAUCAUGGGGAUUAAAUAAUGUUUUGAAAAAAGCACGACAUAUUUAUUGUCAAUCCUGUUUACGCCAUGCUGUCACAGCAGCCGUUAUAUCCCAGUUUAUGCAUUUCUAUGCUGGCACAGCAAGUAUUAGGCUUCUAGGUCAUUAGGGAUUUUCAAGAGAUAAUUUGGAUGUAGCAGAAAGAAAAAGGGGGGAAACAUUUUUUUAAAAAAACAACUACUUUAUUUUUCAGUUUCUGAAAAUAUAACAAAUACCCAUAUAGCUCCACCCACCAAGAAACAUUCCAUGCAUAAAUGAUGCAGUCAGACAUUAAGUAGGUUUGUGUAAUAGUUUUGAGUUGAUGAUAUCAGUUAAGUGUCUUCUACUCUGUUUUAACAGAUUGUCCCAGUGAGCUGUUGGUAGCUGGUAGCAAGGGAACAACAUUGUCAUUUCCUGAAUAAACAUGUACCAUGCAAUUUCAGCAUCUUAUUUGUGUUUCAGUUGGUAGAACAUGAGGGUUGUGGGUUCGAUUCCCACGUUGGGCGUACAAUUCCUGCAUUGCAGCGGAUUGGACUAGAUAACUUUCGUGGUCCCUUCCAACUCUACAAUUCUAUGAUUCUUGGUGCUCUAAGAUACAGUAUUUUGUUGGUUUCUCCAUAAGAGCUGCAUUCCAUAGUCUAUCCCACCUUGCCUCUAGAGUUAAGUUAGUAGCUGUUUUCCAAUAUUGUGUUAACAUGUUCCUAGCUGCAGACAUGAAAAAGAUUAGUAGUUCCUUAAACAGUAGAUUAUUGUUGGUGUCUAUUAACAUAUUUAAUAAAGCGAGCCUCAGGUCAGGUUGUAUCACCUGUCCUAUUAGAAGAAACUUAUUCAAAGACCUUUUUCCAAAAUCAUUGUACUGGUUUGCAAUCCCAUCACUUACAGAGAUAUAAACCUAAGAGUUAACAUCCUCUCAAACCUAAAGGAGAACUUAACCUGUGGCAUUUCACAGGUGUAAAAUGCCAGCUGGGAAUUCUUUUAAAACUGCUUUCCCUCACUUCAGUUGACACUCACUUUAAAAAGAAAGAACAGAACCCGGGUCAGAAGGUGCAGAAGUAAGUGUUUGAACACACAUUGACAAGUAAGCUAGAUGUUAUUACUAAGGUUGAAAUUGAGAAAAAACAUACGGGAUACAAAGCUUUACAAGAAAGUAUGUUGCAGUGUUAUGGAAUGUUUUCAGAUUUACUGGGAACACAAUAUAUUGCAGAUUUUUUUCUACUGAGCAGAGUGAACUCUCAGUGAGAAGAUUGUGCUACAAAAGCCUGUGGUGGUUACAAUGUGCAGAGAAAGAAAUAAUUGACCUUUCAGUGUUCAGCCAGGUACGCAAGCUCAAUAGCAGAAACUGCCGUGGAAUUUGGCUGACCUCAACGUAAAAAAAUGUUUCCUAAACAAACAUCUGAGUGAAAACUGAAGGCUUCUGUGGGAAGAAACUAGAAGAUUUCUUAGGAGUGAUUGCAUCAAUACCUGGCUCAGACUUAGUGCUGCUGCCUGAUUGCCAAACCAUCACGAGGUGUAGGGCAGUCGGACACCUAUUAGGUCUUUUAAAACGUUCUCAACUUGGCUUGAGUUGGUUACAGAUCACUUUCUUGUUUUCCUCAAGGACUGCUACACAAUGGCAGUUACAGUUCAUUUUAGUGGUUUGUGUUGUGAACUGAUCUUCACAUUUAGUUGAUUUCUGUGGGGGUGUUAUUAAGCAAUGCUUAAAUGAGGGCAGUCUAGAGAGACUUCCUAAUAUGUACACACAUGUUGUCCUAAGAGGGCUUAACUUUGGUUGAAUCAUGCACAAUUUUUAUCCAGUGCUGGGAAGUUUCGGGUCAAUUUAUGUUGAAGAUGGCCAACAUGGGAUUGUAGUGGAUAGAUUGAUGAAGAUAGAUGUUGACCCAGUGUAUGGCAGAUUGUGAAAAAGGCAAAUUGCAUACUAGGAAUCCUUAGGGAAGGAAUUGAAAAUAAAACUGAUGGUAUCGUGUUAUAGAAACCUAUGGCGUAGCCAUAGUUGAAAUACUUCUGGUUCCCUUAUCUCAAAGAGAUUAUAGAGUCAGAAAAGCUUCAGAAAAGGGAACCAAAACGAUCAAGAGGAAGGAGAAAAUGCCCCAUGAGGGUUGCUGCAUUUGGGGGUUUUUUUUGGAAGGGAGUAGUCCAACCUCCCGCGUUGCAGGAAUCUCUACUAGAUCAUACAUGGCAGAUGACUACCCAACCUCUACUUAAAAACCUCCAAGGAAGGAGAGUCCACUACCACUUGUAGGAGUCUGUACCACUGUCAAACAGCUCUUACUUGCAGAAAGUUCUUCUUGAUUUAACUGUUAUAAAAACCCCACAAAUAAGUACGGUUUUACCAACCCCAUAUUGUAGUGUGGGGGAGGGGAAAUGGUGGUUUGUCUAGUUAGGAAUACAGUGGUACCUCAGGUUAAGUACUUAAUUCAUUCCGGUGGUCCGUACUUAACCUGAAACUGUUCUUAACCUGAAGCACCACUUUAGCUAAUGGGGCCUCCUGCUGCUGCUGUGCCGCCGGAGCACAAUUUCUGUUCUCAUCCUGAAGCAAAGUUCUUAACCCGAGGUAAUAUUUCUGGGUUAGCGGAGUCUGUAACCUGAAGCGUAUGUAACCCGAGGUACCACUGUAUAGGAAGCUGCCUUACAGCAAGCCAGACUUAAGAGCAAAGCAUGUGUGCAGCCACUUAGCUACAGUCCCUCUCAUAGAAAGGAUUUCAUAUUUCAUUGAAACCUAAGCUUAGAUCUCUUAAUUCAGAGUCCAGAAUUCCCACUAAUUGAGGCUAUAAUAGGCAUACGAUUCGAACAAGGGUCCUCCGAGCUCAGCCAACCAGCUCUAUGUUCAUUUUAGAUGUGAUUGCAUAUUUGGCACUGUGAUUCUCAACUACAUUUUCUCUUGAACAGAUGUCUAGUAUUAGUAGGAACAACAUUUAGUACCAGACAGGAUUAAGAAUGUGCUUCCAAUUCUGGAUUUUGUGUGUGUGCGCGCAUACACACACGCACAUGCCGACAGUGAAACUGAAAAUCUGACUAUCAAAGAUGAGCAUGAAUUGUCAGCCAUGUAUAGAAUAGGCUUGCCACAUGUUGAGAGACCUGUUCCACUAUACCAAAGGCUGCUGAGUAGGUAGAUGGGAAGGGGGAAGCUCUCUGGUAAUAUUCCAGGAAUAGAGAGCCACAUAUAAACAUGGCAUCAUUUGGUGAAGCAGAACAAAAGGUGAAAGACAAAUAUUUUCAAACUAGCUUUGGAGAAGUUCUGCUUUUAUAGGUUUUUCUUGUUUAUGUUCACUGCUGUUUAAUCUUUAACUGCUUUUUAUUGUAAUGCUGAAAUUGUUUGCAUGGUUUUAUCCUUUUAUAUAUUAGUUUUAAAUUUUAUAAGAUGCUUUAAAGCACUCUUUGAGGAGGAAGGGUAGAAAUCUGUUAUUCAGUGGAGAGGAUACAAGGCCGAUCUCAGAAUUAUAAGUUACAGUAUUGUGUAUUAUUUUAUUUUACUUUAUUUGUAGGCCUUGUAACGCCUAGGAUAAAGCAGUUUUACAUAACAGGAAAGGCAAUUUCAGCCUAGACAAGGCAGGACAGCUCUAGUCAAGUAAUUCCUUGUUUUAAUUAUGAGAGGUGUCAUCGUUCUCCCUACACACUUUGAGUUUUAUCAAGGAUUUGUGAAAAAACAAAAAUAGUGGACAAAAAAGGCUGGAGUUUUGAGCAACUUACUUGAUUUUGCUAUUAUUUCUCAUUGGAUUAUAUCCAGUGCUAGUUGGAGAGGACUUGAUGAAGUUAAUAGACAUAUCUAACUUGUGUCCAUUAAUUUCAGAUGGGUUUACUCUGAGUAGAAGUUAGUUGGUUACAAGCCACUGUAAUUAAAAGGGCAAGAAAAAUGAAUGUGGUAAGCUAAGACCUUGCAUGUACACUUGCAUGUACAGUGGUACCUUGGUUUAAGAACAGUUUAGUUUAUAAACAACUUGGAUUAAGAACGCUGCAAACCCAGAAGUAGGUGUUUUGGUUUGUGAACUUUGCCUUGGAAUAAGAACAUGUUUCGCUUCCUGUUGAGUGUGUUCCAUUUGUAAACUGAGUCCCCCGCUUCUAUGGGAAAGCAUGCCUUGGUUUAAAAACACUUUGGUUUAAGAAUGGACUUCAGGAAUGGAUUAAGUUCGUAAACCAAGGUACCACUGUACAGUGGUACCUCUAGUUGUGGACAUGAUCCGUUCCAGGGUGCCGUCCACACCCCGAAAAGUCCACAACUAGAGCAGCACUUCUGCGCAAGCACGGAGUGCGAUAGAGAACUUCUGUGCAUGUGCUUCUGCGCCCGUGUCAAAACCUGGAAGUAUACAAUUCCGGGUUUGCCACAUUUGCAAGCAGAAAAGACGCAACAUGAACCUAACGCAACACGAGUUAUGACUGUAUAUGGCUAAGUUUGGACAUCACACAAAUCUGUUUGUUAUUAAAAUUGUAUACCACUCUUCAUCCAUAGAUCUCAGGGCAGUUCACAACAUAAAAAUACAAGAUCAAAACACAAAUACAUAAUAACAACCAGAACAAAAGAAAUCACACUAGUUUAUUGUGAUAACAAUGAGUGUAUCCUCCUCCUGGGCUCACACAAACUCCCUCUUCUAUUCCCUUACAAUGGGAGGAGUUUGGAAGUUUUGGCUUCUCCUUUUUUUUUAACCACAGUUUAGUGUGUUGUCUGGGCCUGGAACUAUGGUUAACCUUAACUAUGGUUAUUUCACAAAACCAGUUCCAGUCACUCUGGUUUGAUUCUGGCUUUCUGAAAUUAACCACUGUUUAUUGAUCUGGAUGAUAUAACAAACCAUGGUUCAACAAAACCAAAAACAUUCAGACUCCUCGUACUGGUUGCCUGGGAGGAAAAAAGGGCAAGGGAGAACUGGGAAGAGGCUAGGUUUGCUUAUGUCUUACUAAACCAUAGUUUAGCAUGAUGCAGUCACUUGGUAAUAACUCAGUUUGUGAAUGAGCUACUAGACCUACCAACACCAACAGAAUUCCUUUAUUGUCAAGUUCCAGUGCAAAUGCAUUUCACGCAUGUACAUGUAAGAGGCAUUUCACGCAUUAGUGUCUAGUAGCAAUCCAGUGAGGGGGAGGCAAAUGAGGCGCAUGUACAUGUAAACGAGGGUGCUUGCUUCCAAGAGUGGAAGGAAGCAGUGAUGAUCCCAGUAACAAAAAAACGGUGUGGAGGAAAAACCCUGUUCACUGGGGGGUGUUUUGUGUGUGUAAGAUGUCUGUGGCCAUGAUCUAAUCAAAACAAAGCAUUUUAAAGCCGUGACAUUAAAGGAGAAAGCUGAAGAUAUGCUUUAGCGUUUCACAUUGAAAUCCAUGGGGCUUGCAUGCUUGACUUUGGCUGGGUUCAUCUUAGGACCACUAUAGCUCUCUUCAGGUGUCCAAAGUGAAUACGCGAAGAAGGCAGCGAAGAUGUAUACGUUCAUGACUCCAUUCCCGGUGGGGACCUUCAUGCUUUGAGAAGGGAAGGUUUGAAGGAGGCUUCCCCUGAACACUGUUGGGUACCCAGCAAUAUCCGGCUUCCCUGAUUGUACAGAGGCUUGUAGGUAGUACAUUUAUCCAAAUGCGCUGGGAAUCCCCCUUCAUACUGUCCCAUUCAAUGUGGGAGAUUCAGGGCAAUGGGGGUGUGGUGAUGGUUGUGGCAAAUGUUGCUUGAAUGUGCAAGCAGGACUUCAUGGGCCAAGGAUCAUCUAAGCAUUGCAACUGCAUUUUGUGCAGGGUUUUCUUUUAAAAGUAUGUUAUUAUUUUUUGUAGCGGGUUCCUAAUAAUGCACUGCUGACCAAAUGAUAAAUAUAGUAGCAGUUACUCUUCUUUUCUACAAAGGAAGUUUGGCAGCCACAAUAAUGAGACCACUUCUAAUAAUGGAAAUAUUUAGAUAUAAAGAUAUAAAUGGCUAUCUAAAUGUUUAUUAAUACAUUAGAGAAUGAGGAAAGAAUGUAAUCGUGGUGAGGGAAUGGAGGAUUAAGAGAAUAUAAAAUGUCUUUGGUUUAUGUUGGUGAACUUAAGUCGUCUAGACAUAAAUAUCAUUGGAAAUGCAACCUAAGUCUAGCCAUCCUAACAACAGUUACUAUUUUGAUUUAAAUGGUAUAAAUCUUUCAAAUCUGGUGAAAAAAUUCUCCUGAAGAUUUUAGCAUUGCAUUUCCUUGGAGGAUUUUACUAAAACGUUCCUGUGUGGAUCCAUGACUUUACACUGAUUAUCCUUGAAUGCUGAAAUGUGUCUAAUGGAACAUUAGCAAACUAUAGUGCAAGGAAGUUGUAUUACUACAUGGGAACGUGUCGUUCAUUUGCCAGAGGUGUAUUUAGAGAGUAUUGGGUGCCGAGCCUCGGAGGCGCACAAGGGAUGCCACAACUAUUUAUAAUGGAGCACGAGAAUCGGGGUGGGGGGCACCAAAUUUUGGUGUUGCACAGAAUGCAACUGAAAUUUGAGACCUCAAGUCCCACCACCGUAUUUGCCCAAUGACAGCAGAACCCCCCUGUUUUGGACUUGGCUGCAGUUCAGCCAGGUCCAAAUAUGGGCGGAACAGUUUUCAUUAGUACAAUAAGGAUCCUGAAGUGCCCCCUAAAUGGCAUUAUGAUUUAAAUGCACAACAACUUUGACUUCUGGUUUGGCGCCUCUGGCAAUGGCGGGUUUCCUCCGAUCGGAAGGAAUCCACUCCGUGGAAAAAAGGGUCUGAACCGCCACGGCGAGGCGGAGACCCAUCAAAAACCACAGGUGGGAGAAGCCUGUGGACGUGGGAUUCGGCUGGCACCUUUGCGCCACCCCCACUCACGGGGAACCCCGGUUUCGGGGAUCCGGAGCGACGUGGGGUGAGUGGCGCGGUGCUUAGAAUCGACUGCUUCUUUCACGGAGUGAAGCCGCAUUGCUGUUGCCGGAGAGUGCUGACUUUUUCCUGUGGACAAUUGGAUUUUAAAUAACUGCCCGUGAGUAGAACGGAAAAUUGGAUUAAGAAAUUUCUUUUAAUUUGGCACUGAAGCGGGAAGGUCUAAACAGGAAGUCCGCCUUCCGCUUUUGUAGAUAGAUUAAAGCAAAGACACGGCAAACUAGAGUUUAGAAAGUCGUCUGUAAAGGAUCAAUUUUCAUCAUUUAAAAUUACUGAACCCCCCCUUGGAAGCAGGAGAAGAGGGGAGAACUUUUCCUGGACUGUUUAAACCUGCAGAAGAGAGAGUAAAGAAAAGCAAUUUUCCACCGUCUUGAACCUGGGAGCGGGGUGUCGGGACAGACGUCCUUGGGAAGUUCAUUGACUAUAGACAAACGUUUUUGACAGAUAGUUAAAAGAAGAGAAACAUAUUGAUUCCAUUGUUCCCCUUCGCAUCUAAAAGGAACAAAAUAUUGACUAAAUAUCUGAAAAAGGAAACUUUGUUGUUAGAUCUGCUUUAAAAAAAAGAAGAAGAAAAAAAGAGAUGGAUACAAAUAGAAGCUUUUUCCCCUAGAGGGAGCUUGCGAAACUGUUACUAAAUCUGAACUGGGGAGCUUUGCAGCUGCAAUAGAUUAAGAUCGUGGGACCAGACUCUGACCUUGUACAAGAAUGUACUUGGAGGCUCUGGUGCUUGCCUUCUGCAAGACAAGUGCUUUAUUGGAACAGUUACAUGAGAAGACGGAUUUGAUGACUGUUGCGAUCGGAAAUUUUGGACAGGCAGUGGGUACCUAUAUAGAACCCACUCAGGAAUUAAUCCAGGAGUGUGCUCUGACAGAUCAGAUGAGGGAGGAGGUUGUUGCUGGACCUCGGGAGGCAGAGAUGGAGGGAACUGUGGCCCAGCAGGAACAUGAGUUGUUGGAUUUGACGAAUGAACCUGGAAAAAGCCAGAUUUGGAGAGAUAGAGUCUUGUUUGGCUUGGAGAUGGGGGGCUGGAUAGACCCCCCUAUGCAGGGAUGUUUUGACCUUUCAAGUCUGGCUUUGGGCCGGGAGGAGUUCGGAGUUGUGGGGGCCCUUAACUUUGGAGGGAUCUUGAAACAUGCUUUUAAAUACCACAUGGAAUUCAGUGUUGACUAUGGAAAAGGGGCUGACCAGUCGAGAAGGGAUAAAAAUAUUGUCAAGCUGGAGUCUCCACGAGUGAAAGGAGCAGAAGACAAAGUAAAGUACAGGUAUAAAUAUGAAGAAGACCUGCGGAAGGGACAUGGAAGAGAUUUAAGAGCCUCGGACAUAAGGUUACCAGGUUGAUGAACUAGAUGGAUGGGAUAGAAAGGACUGACAAAACCCGAGACCAGGAGGAAGAGACGUUGGAUGAAGAUUGGAAGAAAGUUUUUAAAAAGAUUAUUUAGGAAAGUUUUGUAAAAUUAUUGAGUAUUAGAAAAAUGUUGGAACGAAAUUAUUUGGCUUUAGCAGAAAUUUUAAAAAGAAUUAUGUAAGAAUAUGUUAUGGUUAUGAGAAAUUGGUAUAAAUAAGAUUUAAGUUUUAAGUUUUAGGGUUUUUUAUGGCAAGAUAAGGUUAAUAUAGAUUAAGGUAAUUUAAUGACAGAAUAUUAUGAAAGAUGGAAAGGAUUUGCUGAGAUAAUUAACAACUAGAAUACAAAGGGAGGUGCGAGGAGGUCGAUGAAAUAAGGUAAUGACAGUUAAGGAUUUGAGAAUAUUGCAUCUGUUUUUAAUUUUUUUGUUUAUUUUUGCUUUUUGCUUUUGAUGUAUUAUGUGUUUUGCUUUUGCUUUUUGACUUUGAUUUUUAUCGAUUUGUAUUGUUUAAUUGUUACUUGUUUUUUUCCUUUUUUUCUUUGUUUCUUUGUAAUCUUAAAAUUCUCAAUAAAUAUCAUUUUAAAAUAAAUAAAUAAAUAAAUGCACAACAACUUCAUUGGGUUGGCAAAACUCUAGCUCUUUUCCACUUCUUUCCCUCUCCCUCUCUAUGUCAGCUCACCUCCUGGGAUUGGCUAAAGGUUUAAGUCUACUCAUGUAUGAGCAACUGCAGGUGAUGCAUACAUCUCACCUGAACUGAGGAACUGGUAAAUUUUUGUCACACUGCAGUGUGAUGAAGAAAUGCCAGAAAACUGGCUUUUAUACACUGGACCAGCAAAUGCUUUUUUAUUAUUAAUGGGUGUUUCAGUAAAUUGCAAGGAAGCAUGAUGUGACAGAAUUGUUUAGUUGCAUUCUAUCAACCCCCAUAGUAGGAAAGCAAAUUGGAGAGCAAUUUUGACUGGGAAAACAGCUGACAGAAGAAGAGUUCAGCAAACACCCCCCCCAGCCCCCAUCUGCUCCGUCAUGCUCACAACCUUCUAAGGCUGCUUUUCAUUAAAAAAAAAUAGAGACUAGUUACAGGCUUCUGUGCAUAACUUCUGGUUUUGGUCUUCAGAAACUGGUUCAGUUUCAGGGCAACUCCAAGCCAUAAACCAGUGCCCAAGCCAUAAAAAUUGUGCAACUCAUGCUGUGGUAAAUGAGCCUGAUGUAGCUGAUUGUUUAUCAGGAGUUUGAAGCUGGGAGGCGCCACCUUUUUCAAAACAUUUUAAAAAUCAGUCUUCAUGUUUUAUGUAGAGUGUGGUUUGAUAUUUAUUACAGUGGUACCUCAGGUUAAGAACUUAAUUCGUUCUGGAGGUCCGUUCUUAACCUGAUGGGGCCUCCCACUGCUGCUGUGCCACCCCCGUGCGAUUUCUGUUCUCAUCCUGAAGCAAAGUUCUUAACCCGAGGUACUAUUUCUGGGUUAGUGGAGUCUGUAACCUGAAGCAUCUGUAACCUGAAGCGUCUGUAACCCGAGGUACCACUGUAAUGUGAUUCUAUUAGUUGUUGUUUUUGUUAUUUUGAGAUCAUCACUGUACAAAGAUGGAAAUAGAGUUCUAUUUAAAGUGACUGCUUCUAAGGACUUGGGCCAGAAAAAGAUGUAUAAUACUUUUCAAGUUUUAAGUCAUAGCAUUUCUUCUAAAUGUUGGCGCAUGCUCUCAUUCCAGACAUUAGAAAAAAUAUUCGGGCGUCUCUAUAGGGCUAGCUCACCUUUGUUUUCUGAAUGAUGCCACCACCUUAACCUCAGCUGACUUUUUCCUCUAUAGGAUGCAAUUUGCUCUUCCUGUCAGAUUAAUCUUUUUGGUAUAAGCUGAACAGAAAUACCAAUCUACAGAGUUUCGGAAGCCCAAAUAAAUAGAAAUGUCAUGUGCAGGAAAAGGCUAUUUCCAGCUCAGCUUUUGUUCUCGUUUUUUGUUUUUCUCAAGAGUAAACGAAACUCUUUGGGCUUUGCAGAUAUUUAAAGUCACAGAUGAAUGCCUUCUGAGCAGCCCAUUUGACUCUCUCCCAUAGAACAGUUCUGGAUUAAAUGGGCUGUGGAUGGAAGUUUAAGCUGCUUAACGAAAUUAGAAAUAUUCAAGCAUCAGAAACAUAAGUACCAAUAGUUUAGAAUUUUGUUCUGGGCAUCUUGGUGCAUUCUUUCAUUAUCUUGGCCUUAAAAGCCCUCCCCAGCCUCCAUAACUCUGUAGAAGUAUUACAUUUGUGCAACACUGCACUUUUGGCACUCUUGUUUGUUAUUCAUCACUCCUUCCUAACUACCAUGCGCUUUUAUCUAUGCAAAAAUCUUCCAUUCUCUUCCUUGAAUUCCUCCUCAUGCCCCACAACAGAUGCUUAAUAUCCACUGGGAGCUAAAAGUCUCAAGCAUAUCAUUUUAUUUCUGUGGUGCAGUGGGACAGCGUGUCUUGCUGUUAACCAGAGGGUUGGUGGUUCAAGCCCACCCAAGGAUGACUGUGGACAGGAUUCCUGCAUUGCGGGGACCCUCAAGGUCCCUUCCAACUGAUUCUACGAUCAUUUUGUUUGCUUUUGGUGUCAUACACUAGGAAAAGCACUGCAUAUGGCUGUUGCAACUGUUUCGAUUCUGGUCUCAUCCUCUUAAUCUCUUCCGUCUAUUGGAAAUGAGAGGUGAAAGCUAAGAUGAGCUUCAAGUAUCUGUCAGGGUGCAGUAACUGUUUCCAGAUUUAAAUUCCUUUAAAAGCUAGGCCAGUUGCUACUUACUUGACCUUUGACUCAGCUCCUCUUAAAGUGCACUGAUUUUUGCACCAGCCUCUUUUCCUGGAAUAUAUCAUGAGAACAGUUUAUAGUGUUGGUAACAAGCCUUGAUUGGAAGUCUAUGUUUGAUGCUGCACUCCAAAGUUUGAUACAGUGGUACCUCAGGUUAAGUACUUAAUUCGUUCCAGAGGUCCGUUCUCAACCUGAAACCUCCUGCUGCCGCUGCACCGUCGGAGCACGAUUUCUGUUCUCAUCCUGAAGCAAAGUUCUUAACCCGAGGUACUAUUUCUGGGUUAGUGGAGUCUGUAACCUGAAGCGUCUGUAACCCCAGGUACCACUGUAUAGGCAGGCAGUAGUAGUAGUUGUUUCACCUGUAGAUUAAUUGGGUGUCUUUGAGGGAAUAAUUGAGAACUUGCAAAAUAAGUAUCUCCUGGUGACGGAGACACUGGAAAUUACUAAGUGUUUGGAGGGAUUUGAAAAGAUUGUCACUAAAAACCUGGUGUGAAUGGGUUUCGACACUUGCUUCAGUUAAAGAGCUGUUGUACAAACUGAAAGGGUCCAGAGAACUAACAAGCUUUGACUCGUUUUAUGGUACAUAGCAUAGCUUUAUUGCAUACAUCCAAUUGGGGGAUCAUGGAAGGCUUUGGAGAGACCUGCUUGAAAUGACUGCAAGAAAAUUUCAGCCCUUAUAGUAUAGCUCAUUUGGUAGAGCACCUUAGGGUUGUGGGUUUGAGCCCCAUGUUGGAUGAAAGAUUCCAGCAGGGGUUGGACUAGAUGCCCCUCAUGAUUUCUUCCAGUGCUACAUGAUUCUGUGAAUACACCACCAUCACUGCCUAACACUUGUAAUUCAUUGUUCUAUGCAACUGAUUUUUUAUUACCAUUGUUUUCUUGCGUGUAAAAAUUGGUAUUUUUGUAUGGUUGUUUGUUGCAAGGUUUUUAAUUGUCUUUUUAAAAAGAAGAGCUCACUUUUCUUGUGAUGUUCAGAUUUGUUGGCGGGGAGAGUUCCUGCCUCUUAAUUGAAAUCGUGCCUUCCCCAUCUGGUAGAUUUGUGUUGUGGAGCUGGGGCUCAGUGGUGUAGUGGUAAUUUUAAGUGCAGAAUAGCAUACUGACAGUCCCCAUAGCCAUGUUCCCAAGGUGAGCUCAUAGCCAUGCUCAACAGAAGUGAACAAGAAUGCAAGCAGCUGUGUGUGUGUGUGUGUGUGUGUGUGUGUGUCUAUAUCAGGCUUUCUCAACCUCAGCCCUCCAGAUGUUUUGAGACUACAUUUCCCAUCAUCCCUGACCACUGGUUCUGCUAGCUAGGGAUCAUGAGAGUUGUAGGCCAAAAACAUCUGGAGGGCCGAGGUUGAGGAAACCCGAUCCAUAUCUAUAUAUAAACAUAUAUACUUGCCACUCAAGAGAAGCACUGCAGCACAUAGUAUGAUACCCAAAUCAUUAGGACAGGCUGACUAUUGUAGAAUAAACUGGCAAAGGUGUUAGGAUGUUGAACCCUACCCCAUAGGGUUGUUAUGAGGGCAAAGAGGGUUGCUCCUCUCUCAGGUAUAUUGCUGUGGUGCUCUCAAAAAUAAAUGCCAUCGCUCCUUCUGUGGAAAAAGACCUGGAACUGUAUUUUCCCUUGUUCCUUCUUCACAACACCACUGCUUGGGAGAGCUACAUUUUAAGUGUUGAAGGAGAAUUUGGCUCUUGAAGCAAGUUUGCAAGAGCUGCUGGGAAAGAUUCAGUUUUCAAGUGGGCAGCUGGAACCCUCUGAGCCAGCAGAUCUGCUAAUGGGUAAGCCACCCAAAAUGGCAGGGUUACCAGCCAGCCUACCUGCCCAUCAGGUGGUUUGAGGCAGCUGCUGGAGAAACAAGAAGACAUGGUGGCUUCUGGGAAAAUCUUGCUUCUGCUGAUCUAAAAAAACUGUUGCAAAGCACAUACCUUAUGACCUCCAUUAAGACCACAUUUCUCAGCUAUCAAACUGUCAGGAGCUUAUUUUAAUAUGAAUUCAAUUGUAGACCAAAUCUAAUAAUUGUGUGCUCCCCCUCCCCCUUCUCUCUUUCCAACAGGAUUAUUUUUACCCGGGAUAUUUGGGUGAGUUGCAGUGAUACCCUUUGCUUCGUACUAUUUUGUUGUCACUUUCUAGGCACAGUUAAUAUCUGCCCCAAAAUGUGCCGUGUAACAGAGCACAUCUCUUUAUCUUAAAAGAGAUCAAGUUGCUGAUUCUGCUUUUUCAAAAAGAGGCACAUUUUAUUUGCCUACAAUUACAAAGUAAUACAGUUAUAAUGACUGGCUAUUAUUCAGAGAAUUGUGACCCUUCAAAAUCUGACUAUUACCCUAUUAAAUUUGUGUUGAACAUGUAAACACUAGAAUCUUCAAAAAAACUAUAUUCUGUUUUGAGUAAAUUCUUCAGAUUCCCCUCCCCCCAAACUAGAUUAAUCACAGGUCCUAAUAAACUUUAGCACAUCUGCAUUUCAAAGCAACAAUAUAUUUUGACAAAAUUAAUAAUGUUUAUAGCAUUCAAAUUGUGUUUUUUCUAAUAAGGCAGUUGUAGUCUAAAUAGAACAAACAAACAAGCAAACAUGCUGAAUAGAAUACCAGGAAAUCAGAAGUUAGUUAAUAUGCCAACUUGCUUAACGAUGUUUGUUUUUGUUCUUCAGGAUGUAUUAGGAGGUAUGGGUCACCAUAUACAAGAAAUCCAAAUUUCCAUACAUGUGUGCAUAGUAAGUAUUUUUCAUAUUUCUAUCUUACUAAAGGAAUACAGUAUUGUUGGUUGUUGGCUUAGGUGAAGAGCAAGUCGAGUCCGUGUGAAUAUUGUCCAAUGCUCCUUAUAAUUCUUCCCAUCAGACUUCCACUUUGUUCCAUUGGAUAAACUAUUGCCUGUAUUUGAAUUUCAUAAUAAACUAUGGUUAUGGUGGGCAAUGAUAUAGUGGAGAAGGAACAUGGAGGAGUGAAGCUCUGGUACUUUGUCAUUAGUGAUGGCAUCAUCUGCUGGAGCAAGCUUCAUCACUUGUGUAAGAUCUGCCAGGAUUAGACAACGGCUCUUCCCUGCAUGUGAUCCCUUUGUGAGGUAGGCUAGGAUCAGCUGGCCCAGUGUUACCCAGUGAACAAAAAUUUUCGCAGCAUGCUAAUCCCUGCACCAACCUUUGCCAGCUCACUUUUCUAUAACGCGGGUGGCACUGUGGUCUAUACCACUGAGCCUCUCUUGAGCUUGCUGAUCGGAAGGUUGGCGGUUCGAAUCCCCACAACAGAGUGAGCUCCCAUUGCUCUGUCCCAGCUCCUGAGCCUAGCUGUUCGAAAGCAUGCCAGUGCAAGUAGAUAAAUAGGUACCACUGUGGCAGGAAGGUAAACGGUGUUUCCAUGCACUCUGGCACUCGUCACUGUGUUCCGUUGCACCAGUAGCGGCUUAGUCAUGCUGGCCACAUGACUCAGAAAUCUGUCUGUGGACAAACGCUGGCUCCCUUGGCCUGAAGCGAGAUGAGCGCCGCAACCCCAUAGUCACCUUUGACUGGACUUAACCAUCCGGGGUUCCUUUACCUUUUUUUUACCUUUCUAUAACAGUUGGGUAUAAAACCAUGUUUUGCUGCUUUGUAGUAUAUAGAUAGAAUGGAUCAAGAGACCUACCUGCUUGGUCUCUUUGGGGAGGUGACUAUGGGGACUGUCAAGAUAAGUUCAUGCGCUUCAAAAUUCCACACUGUGCCAUAGGUGACAGGAAUAAGUCUAACCUCCCUCCAACCCCCCCCAAAGAACCCCUCUCUCUGUCUCCUUCCCCCAUUCUUCUGUGGUCCAAGUAUGAGGAACUAUUGGGAAACCUCUAAGUUCUGAUUUUUCAGUUCAUCACAGUUUAGCAUUGGACCUGAGGAGGACAACAAGUGGAAGUUCAAUGGUGCAGCCAAGAGUGCUUGCACUAUAGCAAAAUUACUGUAUUUUUCGCUCUAUAAGACUCACUUUUUCCCUCCUAAAAAGUAAGGGGAAAUGUGUGUGCGUCUUAUGGAGUGAAUGCAGGCUGCGCAGCUAUCCCAGAAGCCAGAACAGCAAGAGGAUUGCUGCUUUCACUGCGCAGCAAUCCCUCUUGCUGUUCUGGCUUCUGGGAUUCAGAAUAUUUGUUUUCUUGUUUUCUUCCUCCAAAAACUAGGUGCGUUUUGUGGUCUGGUGCGUCUUAUAGAGCAAAAAAUACGGUAUUUUGCUGAAUGGAGUCCAUAGUGAUUCAAAUAUUUUCUUACCUUUCAACGGUGCCUCAUCUCCAUCCAGUGUAAUGCCAUUGCAAGAAGGUCUUGGGGGUUAAGAAACAAGAAGGGAUUCACCGACCUCCUUGCAAUGGCAUUACACUGGAUGGAGUCGAGGCACCAUUGCAAGGUAAAUUGAGGGAGAGGCUUCUGAUUGUUGGAGUGCUGCUGGGCCCUCCAGGAUCACAGUGGAGGGCAUCCAAGCAAAAUAAGCAAAGCAAGUUUUUUAAAAAAGUUAAAUUGCCAAAUUUCUGUGGAUAUUGGGAGGCCAGAACCAGCCUGUAGGGCUCAAGUUUUCUACCCCUGAUAUACAGAAUUGUAGCCUAAGUGUCUUAUUACAAUCUGGUUAAACAGGCCAUGUAAUCCUGUCAAACGUAGGGAGUCUUUCACUAAAUGACAUGCAGCCUACGCUUCAUUUUAUCUUUCAAGAUCAGAACCCAUUAACAUUGUGAAAGAUUCACCUAAAAGUUAACAGAUGUGGCUGUAACUUAAUUCUGGGAUGAAUAUGCAAAAUCUCAGCAAUUGCUGCCUACAAAACCCUUUUUAUUCAAUGCAGAAUAACCCUUUUUGCAGUGAUUUUAGAACUGCUCUGCUAUCAGUGCUCAGUCGUGUGGUUGUGCUACAAAGUUCCAGCUGCAGGUUUUUUUGUGGUCACCAUUUAGUAUCUGUAGCAGUGACAGCUCUUCCUCCAUUCAUUGCCACUGCCAUCUACCACCAUGGAUUGGGCCCAGGGGGAGAGUGUAGAUAAGUAAUACGGCAGAUGCAGAGCUGAGUUGACUUGGGCUGUUAUGCUGACCUGAAACCAGACUAUGUGUGGCCAGGUGGGCUUUUGGGCCUGAGAGGACAGUAAGAGGAGGUGAUGAGAAGUGGUUAGCUUCUACAUUAAAAAAAAUACCAUCACAAUCAUACCAUACCCCCUUGUUAGUGUUAGAAACUCAGAUAUAUAAGCUAGGUGCCAAAUGGCUCCUUUAACCAGGGUUACAGUCACCAAAACGUAAUGCCUAGUUGCCAUUUUGGGGCCAGACGACUUGAAAGUUGUAUUUUUCAAUAUGACUUUUUGGUUCCUGACACAGUUUUCUACUGUUGUCCAUCUUUACAACCUGUAAAUUUUUUUUGCUAGACAGUGUAACGUGCUUAGGGGGACAGAGUGCCUGGCUCUAAUUGAAGAGGUUGGCAAGCAUUGUAAAUAUAUACAUCUUAAUACUUCAGAUGGGAAGGAAAAAUAGAACACACUAGGUUCUAUUUUUCUAUUGCGAUGAAAGAAAUCAACAAAUUAUUUGUGUGCUAGGCAGAUGGCAUGGUGGGGGCUGCGCCAUUUGCCUGACACAAUUGCUGCUUGUAUUGAGCCAAAGGUGAACUGCUGCGGAAGCUCCGCUAGUGCCAUCUUGGUAGUCAAGAUAACCCCACAAUUAACUGGUAGUAGUUGUAACCAUGAGGUCAUGUAUGCUUAUAUUCACUUGCUUUGAUAUGAGCUAAUUGGCUUGUUUGAUGUUAUCCUUAUCUGUGGGCUUGGGGUGCUGGGCUCUGAGCCCAGAAAGGAGAGCUAUCUGUACGAUGUGGCUCUUUGCCACCUAUGCUCUUAUCAGGCCAGGUGAAGUGAUGGGGAGUCCUGGCCAAAGUGACACAUGCUGCUUUGUGUAUAAAGAAUGUAUGAACAUUUGCUUGGGUGCGGGCAAGCCAUCUCCUUGCUGUAGUAUCCGUCCCGUGUUUCUAAAGGCUGGGAGACUUGGCAGGCUGAUUUGCUGUAAGUCUAUACCUAGCACUAGAACUUGAUCACUCUGAUGUUUUUGACAUCCUUCUUUGGUAUCCCUGCACCCAAACGCUCCCAUGAGCUGUCCUGCAGUUCAGGGCAUUGCUUCGUAUUGAGAUGGGAAACAAUGAGGUAGCAGUGAGGUCAGUGCAGUGCAAAUGUGCUGGCUAGAGUGCUGGCAUGUUUGCACUGCACUGACCUCACUGUUGCCUUCCUCCUCCCGCCUUUCCGUUGUGAUAUACAACAGCAGCAGAGAUCAGGAAAGCAACAUGACCCCACCCCACUGUCCAUUGCUGGUACUAGGGUCCAAUAUUCUUUCAUAGUAUUUCAAGGUGUGGUUAGCACUAGGCCUGGGUGAUAUAUUGGUAUAUUGAUGUAUAUUGAUAUAUUGCCCAGGACCAGUAUGUGGGGGCAGACCGCUGUGACAGCUUCACUCAGCAGUAUAUCGCUGGUGAAACUGUCACUGCUCUUGAGUCCCUCUGCCUCCAGUGCACUGAGGGAGAAACAAGCUAGUUGGGAGCUGGAGGCAGAGGGACUCAAGCAGCGGCGCUUUCACCAGCGAUAUGCCAUCAUAUUCUUCCCCGGCUAAGAGAGAAUCAAGCUGAAUCAGCGAGGUGCUUGGCUAUCUCCGCUUGGUCUGUCUUCGGGGAGUGGGGGGCAAGCGGGCAAGGUAGCUUGCCCACUCCCCAUGCCAGCGAAGGCAGAGGGAGCUUGGCCAAGGAGUCCCAAGGUCCUUGCUGCUCCACCACAAAUGGCAGGGGUCUCAGGGCUGGCUCCAUUGGGGGCAGGAGCUCUCCUGCCCCACAGCAGAGCCUGGCCAUGGGGCCUCAGGGCUUGCUCAGCUGGGGCCAGGAGCCUUUCCACCCCCGGGCUGAGCAGCAGGCUGGAGCCAGCUGUAUUGGCCACAGCCCAUGAGGCGCUGGGGUGAAGCCACCUCAGCUCCCAUGAUGAGAGCUGCGGUGGUUUCACCCAUCAUCUCGCUGGCUGGGGUCAAUGCAGCUUUUUUCAACGUUGUGGUAUUUUGCCAAACAUCGUGGUAUUUCGCCAAAUGUUUGACUGGCGAUACACUGUGAUGUUGAAAACCCAGCAUCGCCCAGCCCUAGUUAGCACUAUCAGAAGCUUCUUGUAUGUGUGUACUAAGGACAUUAAACACAUUGCUGGAGAGGCUGGGAUAAUGAGAGUGAGCUCUCUUGGUAUGGUGGUCACCUUUACCGUUGAAAGUAAGAGUGAAGCAGUGAAAGCAAAGAUAUCCAAAGCACUGUGGAAAGAAAUCCUUUGGAAGGUAAGAGAAAGGUGAGAUGAUUGGAUAUGGAAGGCCUGUAGCAUGCUAACUUUUUGACUAGCUAUGUGCAGUGUUAGAAACUGAGAUAUGAAAGCUAGGAGCUAAAUGGCACCGUAAACCUAGUUUUUGGGUGCAGCAACGGAUUGUCUAGGUGUGGGGGUUUUUGUAACAAGAAUACAAAGCUGAAAAUGAAUGAACUGCAGCGAAAAUAAUAUGUUCAUUUACCACAUGGUCUAGUCCUUUCCCUGCCCACGCCCCUACUAUUCUUCAGAGGGUCUCUUCUACAGUCUUCAGAAAGUAGCUAGAAGUAGGGAGGCAGAAAAGGGUCCUCCUUUCCUUCCACUCUGGAGGUUUAAUCUGAAAUCUUAAGCGCAGUACUGCACCCAGAGCUCAGAAAUCCGUGUCGCAAAAUGCACCUAGAACUAUGGGAGUUUAACACUGCCCAUGUGCAAAAUGUCUCUGUUCAGAGGAGAACAAUGGGCAUAUAUUGUUUGGAAAUGAGGCUAAGAAUGGGAGUGGUGACCGAGCAAUGGAAAGCAUGGUUUAAAGAAUACCAUCUGCUGAGCAAGAGGGAAGAAGAAUAGAACAGAUGCAGUGUUUUUCCUGUGCGUGAAAAAUGCUUCACAUAACAUUUAUCUUAACAACAACCACCUGUAAAGUUGGGUAUGUAAAGCUAUGAACUCGCUAGGUUGCCUAAGGCAAUCUGUUGUCUCUCAGAUCCUGGCAGGGAACCUCUUACUUAGAAAUGCUUAUGCUGUGCCUGAGAGAUAGCAAGCCUGCCUAAGGCAACAUAUUGAGUUCACAGGGUACAAACAAGAAACCUCGCAGCAUGCAUUCUUGGCUAACAGAUUUAUACAAGGAAAAGAGACGGACUGAGGACUGGUGUGGGCAUCAUAGUAAAAGGAUGAUUAGAAUCCCUUGUCCUUUGCUACUAUUGUUCUUAACACUGGCAUAGCUGACACACAGAUCUCACCCAUGGUAAGAUUUAUGCCUGAAAUGAAUGAUGGGAGGUGGUAGGCAUGAUAAUUAGUCAAGAGGAAAACUUAGGGUUCCUUGCUAUGUCUGUGCCAUAGAGAUACAUAGAAGUUAGAAUAGUAUAGAACUCCUGGCUUUCUGAUUUAUGUGGGAUACUUACUUUAAGAGGAGAGUAAAGUGCAACUGAACAGGAAACAACAUAAUAUUCUUCAAAUGAGUACUGACUUGGCAAAGUGGAGGUGGCAGCUUAGCUUGGUUUAAUUUUACUGCAGCCAAAGGAUUUUUGUGUGCUUCUGUGGGAUCUGUUUUGCUGCAUUGGCUGUUUUCAAUAUGACUUUGUGAAUAUCUCAAAUGGUUUAGACAAGUAAGCACUAUUAGCAACAUUUCACCUGAAAUAUUUGAAUACCAUGUUACAUCACUGCUCUACUGUCUUGUCUGCAUCUUGAUGAUACAGGUAUUUGCUGCAUUACAGUGCAGACCUGUGGCUGCCGAGUUGCAUUCCACUGAUUAGAGAGACUGUGAUAAUUCACGAAGGCUUCACUAGAGAAAGCUCAAAUGUGCGGUUUGGGAGUGCUCCUGUAUCCUGCCUCCAACUAUAUCUUUCUUCAAGGUCUUGCUUACUAUUACAUACUUAGAAGACUUUGUGAUGGGGAUUGUCUUUGCCUUCAGUAAGGCUUCUUUUGUUUUAGUGUUUAACAGUCUUAUUGUAGAGACGUUUUCAAACAGUACAGUUUAUGGCUUUCAAGAUUUUAGCGAAUAUUAUAGGUAUGCUUCCCUUUGGCAGAGGAUAGUCACAUGCCACUCCUUAAGAAUUAAGCGUUCUUUCCUCCCUUUCUUACAACAGAACAUUCUGCUACAACUCAAGAUAAGUUCCUAUCUCCAGAAGAAGAAUUCCUGGAGCUCUGUCUUGUUAGGCUUAGGACAUAACAUAUAUAAUGAUUAUUAAUAAAUUGUAUACCAUUUCUGCAAUUAAUGUUUUUUCUUCCAGAAUGAUGACUUCAAGUCAGAAUGGGCAAAGUAAAUGGUUGCCACAUUUUUUUCUUUAAAGAGUGAGCUCUCCAGGACAAUAAUUCAUUUAGCUUGGCAAGUGUAUUAACUUUUCUGUAAUUGAGCAAAUUGCCUAGAACAGUGGUUUUUAACCAGUGUGCCGUGGCACCCUGGGGUGCCUUGAAGGAUGGUUAGGGGUGCCAUGGGCAACUCUCUUCCCCUCUUUCCUUCCCUGCUUCCUCUGAUGCCCUCUCAUGUCUCUGCCUCCUAAAGGCUUGCACAGUUGUUUGUUGCAGCUGCCCUGGCUGCAAGCUUCCCAAGCAAAUGGUGCCUCUGGGACUGGCCAGGGGGUGCUGGUUGCUAGGAGCUGAGGUGGCCUUGGGAGUAAGCAAGCAAGUGGGUGAGGGAGCCAAACCAGCUAGUCUGCCAGCCCUUGCUUUUGGGAAUGGACAAGUAGGAGGCUAGGCAGGCAGGCACUGUGCGGGCCUUUCUUGUGCUUGCUGUGUGCAAUGCCUGCCAGGGAGCUGAGUGCCCAGUCCUGAAAGGGAGCCUUUCCACCAUGCAGGCCCAGCAGUGCCCACUGCUGCCUCCCAAAGUAAGUUACUAACCUCACAUUCACCUUUGGCCCCUCUCCGCUGGGCCACUAAGGCUGGGGGCAUCUUCUUCCCAGCCCCUGUAAGGCAGUGUAAGGAGGCAGCUCUCUUUGGGGCAGGGAGAGCAGCUCAGACCAGGGGCAGUGGCGGUGGCUGCCCAGAGGACUCCCAAGGAGAGGGGAGAGGAGGCUGAGGAAACCCUCCACAAGGGAGGGUGUUUGAAAAAGGGUGAGAGGCUGCCAGCUCUGCAGGCAAGGGGUGACAUAACUGGGCUCCUGAGCCCCACAGGGGUGCUGCAGAAAGUAUGCAGUUGGUCAAAUGAACUGUGGACUCCAAAAGGUUGAAAACCUCUAGUCUAAAACACAGUGUCUUGUGGCAAUGCAGUGCUGCCAUCUUUCUUUACAAAACAAUGCUAAUAACUGCCUCCUUUCUCCACCAGUUUUUGUUUAUAGAGGCAACCAAUGCAUUUGCCACCUCCAGAAUUUGUUUGAAUGGUAAUAGCAAUAUUGUCUUAAAUAAUUUGAUUCCAGGGUAAAAGUUUUAUGUGGUGUGUUUUCAACCCUUCCCUCCAUCCCCAGAUUUGCCAAAUCAGUGUUUGCCUAGUCCGUGUCAUAAAGACGGUACGAAAACAUGUGACGACUUGAAAGGCGGAUUCCUUUGCCGCUGCAGACCAGGCUGGCAAGGAGAAAGAUGCAAUGAAGGUAAGUCUUGUUCUGUGCUGCUUGUGGCUGUGUGUUCACGAUGAGGAUAAUGAGAUGGCGAAUGGUUGCGGCUCAGUGCAGAUUCUUUGCAUGCAAACCUUCCCAGGGUCAAUACUACUACUACUACUACUACUACUACUACUAAUAAUUUAUUUAUUUAUAUGCUACCCACCUGACUGGGUUGCCCCACCCACUCUGGACAGCUUCCAGCAAAUUUAAACAUCAAACAUAGUAAAACAUCAAACAUUAAAUAUUUCCCUAAUCAGAGCUGCCUUCAGAUGUCUUCUAAAAGUCAGGUACAGUUGUUAAUUUCCUUGGCAUCUGGUGGGAGGGCGUUCCACAGAGCAGGUGCCACUACCAAGAAGGCCCUCUGCCAGGUUCCCUGUAACCUCACUUCUCGCAAUGAAGGAACUGCCAGAAGGCCCUCGGAGCUGAAUCUCAGUUUCCAGGCUGCACGAUGAGGCUUGAAAUGCUCCUUCAGGUAUACUGGGCCAAAGCUGUUUAGGGCUUUAAAGGUCAGCCCCUACACUUUGAAUCAUGCUAGGAAAUGUUCUAGCAUCUGUAGGUAGUGGUGGAAAAGACUCCACUCUGAAAUCCUUGAGAGUUGCUGGCCGUCGGUGUAAAUCAGGGGUAGUGAAUCCAUCUCCCAUGUGACAGAUGCAGUCCCCGUGGCUUCUCCUUACCCUGCACAGAAAUUGGGCUUGAAAACAACCUUUCAUGGACACCAAAAGGAGGCUUUUUUCUAUGGUGCAGGGUGAGUUUCGGAGAUGAGUGUCUACAGCUGGGGUGGGAUAAGUUUACCCUCCCCUCUCAUGCACUCCAACUUUUCUGCUGAAAACCCCCCUUUCCCACAUGACAGUGAAGUUUGAAAACAGCCAUCUACUGCGUCUGCAGCACCGAAGUGAAUACACCCAAUAUUUAUCCUUUCUUUAUUUCCAGAUAUUAACGAAUGUGCCGAGCAGAAUGGUGGCUGUAGACAUAUCUGUUACAACACGCUUGGCAGCUAUCGCUGUGCUUGUAAUAAUGGGUUUGAACUCAUGGAUGACAAUAAAAGUUGCAAAGGUAAGAUGUGAGUACAGAGUAAAGCUUAAACCACUUAACAUGAACUUCUUCAUGCAUGUUGGUUCAUUCAUUCACUCCUUUGCUGAUUUAAGGCAAACUGAUAGUUUGCUGAUUCAGAAGAAAUGCCAAACUAGGAUUUGCAUCAAACCAGGAAAGGAGGAAUGCCAGGAGCAAGGAAGCAAGCGGAAGAGGAGGAAGCAUGUGUUACAUCUGAACUGCCACAAUGAUUUAAGCUCCCUUUUGUGGGAAUUGAACAUUUAGCAGAGUUUUGCAGAAGAGAGCCCUGGAUUGUUUGACCCUUUAAUUUGUUCCCUCCUGUAAAAACUACACGAGACUCUUAAAGUUUAAAGAACAGAUAACUUUUACUUAGUGUAGUUGCAGAUACAGAUUAAAUAUACUGUGCGGGUGGAUAUUUCUUAAAUUGCUAAUACAGGGUGCAUAAACAGUUACAGACUAUUCUACUCCGAGGCAGAAAGCAGCACAACAUAGCAUAGCUGCUGUAACAGUUAAAGACUGUUCAAGUAACUGCCGUAACUGAACCAACUGCCAUAACUGAACCAACUGCCAUAACUGCCACAGAGCAUAUGACAUCACAGAGUUCUACAGCUCUUACAAUUAACCCUUUACAUGUGGUGUUCUUUUUGGAUGCUAACACCCCACACCCUUAUGUACUAUGGGGCUAUGAUUGUUUCAUUUUGUUGUUAGUCAUGACUCCAGUGCUUUUCCAGAAGCCUACUGCACAAACACCAUUGGAAUGAGUGAAAGCUCGAUAACAUCAACGUUAUAUGACGAUUGCCCCCGAGAGGCAUAGCCAUGUUGGCCUGUCGUAGCAAAAAUAGGGGGAGUGGGGGAAGGUGAUGAGAUAAGACAGGGGAGGGGAUAUAUUGAUUUAAAAUGUAUUGUAUUGUAACUUUUGAAUAAUUUUUUAAGACAAUUUUAUUCUGCACAAGCUGUUCAAGUGAACUCUUUUGCAUCUGAUAAAAUGGGUUCUAAUCCAUGAAAGACAAAUCAACAAUACAUUUACCAGUCUUGGUGCCACAGGACACUCCGUUCUCUUUAUUAGCAUGUUGCCACUGACGGCUAAAUUGAACUGUUGCUAAUACUCCUUAGUUUCUUACAACUAUGGCUUAAGAUUCCAGUACGAAAAGCCAAGUGUGCAUGUCUAGGCAUGUCUGUAGUUAUACCACAGAACUGUCCAGCACCAUAGCAAAGUGGUGAUUCACAAAGGAUUUGCAUGUUGGGUUGUGCCAGAGUGCCCCAGCUAACCAGCCUCCUUUGACUCUGAAAAAUAGUGCCUUGUGAAGUGUAGAUUUUCUUAGUUUUUCUAUAUAUUGCAUUGAAUUAGCUCAUGAAAUAAGAGUUGAGUUUGGAAAUGUAUGAAUAUUUCAACAAUAUUUGGUGGGACUCUUCCUUAGAAUUAUUCAAGAAAUAGUUAACAGGUGGCUAAGUAGCUGUAAGACUGGGGGUUUCUUUCCUGCCUAUGUUUUUAGUAAACUAUGUAAGACUUCUUGUCUUUUCAACAGAGUAAUGCUGUUGUAGUCUGCAUAUGGGAAAAACCCUACUCUGUACCCAUUCUCUUUUGGCAGCCGUUCUAACCUGGUGCCUAUCAGAUGGAUAAGCACACACAUGCACACAUAUAUCUACAAUUCCCAUCAUCCCUGACUCUUGGACAUGGUGGCUCAAGCUACUGGGAUUUGUAGCCCAAAAUAUCUGGAGGUACUAGGUUGGGGAAGGUUGUCCUAUAGCGUAAGUUUCACUUGGUGGCUUCUAGAUGUUGCCAAACUACAACUCCCACCAUCCCUGGCCAUUGACCAUGCUAGCUGGGGCUGAUGGGAGUUGCAGUUCACGUCUGCAGUUCCAGGAUCAGCUCUAUUAAACACACAUUUUUAAAUCCAGACCAAGAGAGUGGAAGGGAGUGCAGGUGACAUCAUUUUUCAUGUCCUGCUGUGCAAACAAAGGUCAUAUAUGCUUCAUGUUCUCGUUCACAUUAGUAUGCAAUAGCGAAUUUGGAGAUGAAUCUGCUCAAGAUCUGUGCACAUGAUUCCAGCAAUAGAAUCACAUGCAGAAGCAUCCUCCCGUGUGUGUGUGUGUGUGUGUGUGUGUGUGUGUGUUACUGGAUUGAAAAGGCUUUGAAAAUAUGUUUUCAUUUUUUCCUCAGCAAAACAAACAAUUUGUCAUUUCCUAAUUCUGUGAUCCUUUUUGUCCCACAAAUUCUGACCUUACUUUAUAUUGCUGUCACAUUUUUCCUGUGAUUUUUUCCGAUGUUUCCUCUCUCAAUAAUGUGGUAGCAUUUUACCCAAGGUGCUAUACGGCUUACAAAACAGCAGCUUCUGGUUUCUGGGAAGACUGAAGUCAUUUCCUACUUCUAUUAUUCAGUUGUAACAAUGGAAUGAGGAUUGACUCUGGACCAAGAUGGAACUUGGGAACGAUAGGCAUUGAAAGAAUGUUGACAUUCUGAUUAUUGCUGUUGAUUUUUGUUCCUUUUCAGAUAUAGAUGAAUGCACAGUAUCACCAGGCAUCUGUGGAGAAGCUCAGUGUAAAAACGUGAUAAGCUCUUAUUCAUGUGUCUGUGAUGAUGGCUAUGUUUAUGAUGAUGUCAGAAAGGUUUGUGAAGGUUAGUAGAUGGAAUUAAUUCCACAAAGAUAAUUCUGAGGCUUGAUGGAUUGCUGUCAUAAAUUCCCCCACCCCCCCGGAUACUUAUUUUUAAGUCUUUAGGGCAGUGAUUCCCAAAUUCCUCCCUCACCCCCAACCACUUGAAAAUUUCUGGUGGUCUUGUUGAACCUCUUUUUUGCCCUUUGUAGCAAUCAUAAUGUGGGGUGCAAGAUGUGGUAUGAGUUUUAAUUCUCUUUGUAUUGUUUCUUUUAUUUCAUAUGUUGCAUUUUUUAUAUUACAGUGUGCACUCCAAAGAAUUCAAACUAAUAUAAUAAAAUGCAAUAUAAGAAAUAAAAGACAAUUAAAAUAUAGUUUAAAAUCCAUGUGAAUAUGUAAUGUGGACAGUGCUGCGUACCACCUGUAUGAAUCAGUGGUCCGUGAACUACAGUUUGGGAACCCUUGUAAUCUGAGUCUUCCCCUUGCAGAAUGCCAAUACAUAACCAACAAUGAGUCUUGGAAGGUUCCCCUGGUGGACAAAAUUAACAACCAAUUUUAGCCCAAAAAUUUUUCAACAAUCUCAGUGGAAUACUCUCCACUUGGGUGGAACUAGGGUGACUAGGGGGAACUUGGUAUUAUGAAGCAAUCCCUUUUGCAUAAUGUUAUAAACAUACUACGGAAUUUCAGAGAUCAGUAGAUGGAAUAGGACAAACUGAAUCAUAUUAACAUCCUGGCCAUGCUUUCUAUGCUUUCACUAACCCAUUUUCUAGCACUGAUCUUGGAGUGUGGCAUUCAUUCCUGGAUCUCAAAAUUAGUAUCCUCAGUUUCGCCUCUGAUCCAUUUAUGUUUCAUCCACAAUUUUACGGUACAGGCAGAACCCAACCAAAUGAUUCAUUGGAGAAGUGUGAGAUUAUAUAGAAUUAGGGACUUUUAUGACAAUGGCAUACCCCUAACAGGUGAACAACUGUCAACAAAAUUGGGGAAGAAGAGGGAGUGUUGGCUUUAUAGGCACCAGAUCACCCACUUUGUCACCGCCCCAAACUGUCCUUUCCCAAUCCACCAGACCCUUGACUCCAUUCAGAAUUGUAAUACUCAUUGCCACUCCAGAGUCCCCCCAAAAUGCUGUCUGUCAUAUAUGAAAUUAUUGAUGAUAUUAAAGCAGAACACCUUGAGUGCCCUGUGUUCCCCUCCACCUGCCCCAGAGGGAAUAAGACAUGCUAGAUAUUACUUCUGGACAACAGUUGUUAUUGUUGUUUUUAAGCCUAGCAUAUUAAAAAGGAAUGUAAGAAUCUGCGUCUCUGCUUUCUCCAUUGUUGCUGGAGUAUAGAUGUGGACGAGUGUGAACAGAAAUAUUGUGAGCAAGCAUGCGUCAAUUUGCCAGGAAGUUACAGCUGCCACUGCAAUGGAAGAGGUGGAGUAAAACUUUCCAAGAACAUGAACACCUGUGAGGUAGCUUUCUUACUUCUGUUCAACGAGAUAAGAACGAAAGAAUGCAGUCCCAAAGCUUUGAAACAACUCUUUACAAAGGGGAAUAGUCCAACUGGCUCAGACUCCUUAAGACUGGAGGCAAACCCAUUAAAAUACCAGCAUAACUUCAAAAACAGUGUGUGCCUACAGUGGAUUUCUGUUCCUGGAAUGCAAUUAACUUGGUAUUUGUUGCCUGCUUUCUCCUCCCUCCCCUUAAUUCUCAAAAGGAAAUAUUAAAUAGGAACAUAGGAAGCUGCCAUUUUUCAGAGUAUGUUGUUUGUUUAUCUAGCUUAUAAUUGUCUAUUCUGCUUGAGAGCAGCUCUCCAGAGUUUUCACCGGACAUGCCAGGGUUUGAACCUGGGACCAUCUGCAUGUGCCCGCUCACUGAGCUGCAUCAUAAUCAACUUAUUCUUCUUUAGCUGCGUCUAAACAUACAUUUCUAUGCCCAGACUCAGUGUGGAAGUGGGUGACUGCUUAAUCUGCAGUUACUAACUGGAAUGAGGAGGGAUUGUUGGGAGUGGACUCAUCUAUAUAGCUGCAAAUAAAACGUUUUAGGUGUGUUGUAAAAUGUGAUAUAUAAAUGUGACACUAGAUAGCAAUGGUGAACUAUGGCAAAGUCAAUAUAUAUUUUUCAAAACAUUUUUUAAAAAAAGCAUUUUCACAGCGUUUUUUAUAUGUGUGUAGAUUCCACCUGUGUGACUGUAGUCCCCUGGUUACUAUUGGACAGUUGCAGUGGCAUUGAAUUAUCAGUGUUUUGAAGAUAAAAGAAAUCAAAGAAAAUCGCUGUUUCUAAACCUUGUCUUAAAGUUUUAUGUGUGCAUAUGUGUGAUUUGCUUUUCUCCCUGCAGGACAUUUUGCCCUGUGUAUCUUUCGCUGCUGCAAAAAGCGUUAAAUCCCUCUAUCUUGGAAGAAUGUUUAGUGGCACACCUGUUAUCAGACUACGUUUUAAAAGAAAACAACCAACGCGGUGAGAAUCCAUUUUUAAUUAAAGAGGAAAGGUCUUUUCUAAACACAUGCUAAACUGGGGGAUAGGUAUGGGUCAAAACAGAUGAUCUUUCCAUGACCAAUAACUUGCUGUCACUAUUGCAGACAGAAUUCUAGAAAAGUAUUUGUGGCUACAGACAGACAGUAUAGUCUUUUGUAGGCAUCAGUCAUGACACUUGCAGUCCUAUGUCACAAUAACGUAGUGUUCAUAAAGGCAUGGGGAGCCUGUGGCUUCUCAGAUAUUUCUGGACUACAGAUUCCACAUACCUGACUAUCGGCCAUACUGCAUGAGAUUGAUGGGAGUUGGAGUCCAGUAAUACCUGGAGGACAACAGAUUUCCCUAUCCCUGUCUUUAAGGUACUACAGGAUUCUGCAGUCAUGUUUGUCACCUAAGUGGACAAACCCCUACCAUGUCUUGGCAUGCCCUUGGAUAAUGUCUGCGCCCUUGUGUGUGCGCGUGCUUAUGAAUGGCAGCUGUCAUUGACAAUGUGAUUAUAUAUCCUUUACAGUCAGUACCCUGCAUCUAUGAAAUGAAUCACUUAGAUGGAAAGCACACUAUGUUUCCUGUUUCCUGAAACACUGCAUAAAUAACUGGUUUCUAUUUCAGACUUGUGGCUGAAUUCGACUUUAGAACCUUUGAUCCUGAAGGCAUCCUUUUCUUUGCUGGAGGCCACCGAGACAGUACGUGGAUCGUCUUGGCUUUGCGCAAUGGACGGCUAGAGUUGCAACUGAAGUACAAUGGAAUAGGCCGUGUGACCAGCAGUGGACCAAUGAUCAACCAUGGAAUGUGGCAGACAGUGGGUAUAGUACAGGCUGCUGUUCUCAUGCCUUAUAACUCUUUAAAUCCCACACCUCCCAACUGUUUAUUUAGAGCUCUCUGUAUUUCUCAAAUGAUGAAUUCUGACACUUAAUAUUUUAAUGCAGAGUAUCGUUUUGUUUUUCUAUAACAUGAUGUCAAUUGCUAACCCCUAAAGGACACUUUAAGAAAUACUAAAAGCAUUGCUUUUUUUAAAAAAAAUAAAUGGAAGUAUUCUUGAAUAUUAUUGUGUGCAAGAGAGAGAGACUCCUUAUUUGUUAAGGAACUAAUGGAUAAAACACAUCCAUUGCAGUGCUUUCCUCAUAAUUCCAGUUACGCCCAUUCAUGUCUGGUUCAGUUCCUGAACUACCAUCAAAACAAACAGUUUCCUUCAUUCAGUGGAGCAAACUGAAUAUAGUUUGUUUGUGUGUAUGCAUUAUAGGAGGAAUUCAUCGCCAUGCUGUUAGAAAUGUUCUAUCAGCGCAAGAUUUCUGCUUGCCCAGCAGAACAUCUCUCUUUUCCCCUCUGCAUGCAGUUCUAGGGGUUUUCCCAAUGCUGCCCAGAACCAAAGGACCAGGAGGAAAAGGGGAGGAAGCCUUACUGCACUAGUGGAUGUGCUUGCACGGGCUUCAACUAGCAGGGCCAGUUAAUUAAAUCUGGCCCAAAAUUAGGGGGGGGGGGAAUAAUACCUUAACAGUAUAGAGUGCUCUCACGUAUGUAAAAUGAUGGAUUAGUUAAAUGUUUUUUGUUUAUAAAUAGUUUAGACUUACUGUAAUGCAGCUAACAUGCACAGGCUUGUCAGCUGCAGCAGCAAAACCAGAAUUUCUGGGUUACAUAAUGAACAUCUUGACCAAAAAAACCUCAUGGUAAAGUAAUGCCAGCCUACAAAACCCAAAAAGAAAACAUUGCAUUUAUCAAAAUUAAUUCCAGAUUUUUACUGCAUUGAUUGGUAAAGCGAUGAAUUUGUAUGAUAUCAUUGUGGUUGUGUGUGUAGAAUCCGGUGCUUUUAGUACUGGAUGGAAGAAAUGUGGACUGGCAAAUGCAAUUAUUUUGUAAUUUGAUGUAAUUGCAAGAGCUUUUCUGAUAGACUAGGAAGUAGUUUUAAUCCCUCUUAAUCUUCUUUACUCUGCCAAAAAUUGUUCCUUUAGUUGCACUGUUGUACUUGAUGACUUGUAAUUCAUGUUCUUCCUCAUAGUUCUGCAUAAAACCGAUCAAACAAAAAACUCCACAAGUGAUAUAUAAAUGUCAGUGCCCAUGAGGCUUGGUAUAUCUUCUUGGGGGGGCGGUUGGUGUCAGGGAAGAGUUAGAAGUUUCCAGUUUCUCAGAGGGAGAAAGCAUUCCCCAAGGGGGGAAGGAGAGCAGUGAAUCUAAUAGAAGAGAGCAACAGGGAGGAACCGGCUGUUGACAGGAAAGGCAAGGGUUAAGUUCUAGCUCAGAUUCGGAGGAGGGGAGAUACAAGCCAGCUAUAGCCAGGAGGUUAGAAAAAAGAGCGGGAAAGCGAAGGGAAAGGCGCUUUCGACAUUUUGAGAGUGGCUGGUCAUGGAGAAGCAGAGCUCAGAAGGUAUCUGAAAUAAGUGACUCUGAGGAAUAAUAGUUAAGGACCGUUUAUAAGAUUGUUUUGUUAAUACGCAAUAAAAAGUUAGAAUAAGAAGCGUUUGUGUGGUGAUCUGAAAAGGACAACGACCAGUCCUGACAGUUGGUAAAUAGGAUCAGGUGUUGAAGAACAAAAUUAUAAAGCCAGAGCAAAUUUGUAAAUACUGUACCUAUACUCUGUUGGCAGUCAGUUGCAUUCAUCCAGCUAGAAUUUGUUGACUUGGAUUGCUCCCAAAGCUUCCCCUAAAACUACUGUAUUUGUGAGUUUGAGGUCUUUCUCCAAAUGCCUUUCCCUUUUAAAACAUUUUGGAGUUACGCAGUCCUUCAGGUGUCCCCCCCUUCUUCCCAUUGUGUGUGUGUCUUUAAAAAUGUUACCAUCUCCACUUGCCAUGUUUCAUAUGAUCCUCAUUCCUGUGUAACAUAGUCUGGUGUUUGCUGCUUGGGCUCCUUUGGGAGAUAGGGCAGGAAAUCAAUAAGCAAGCAAGCUUCUGCAUGGGCUGCUUCCUGGUACAUGCAGGCUGAACAUUUCCAGUUUGCUUCUUUGUUAGCCAAACAGGGAAACCACUGCAGCUGCCUUGGUGCUUACGCUUGAACCAGCACAUGUGAUUUGUUUUUCCCAAACAAACCAUUGUCAGGAAGUCAAGAACAAAUCUUGGAUUCAGAUCAUGGUUUGCCUGGAAAGAAACAAGCCUGAACCAUUGGUUCAGACUUAACACUAAGCUUGCCACUCCAUGGUUUGUUUUCCUAUUUGAGGGCAGCAGCAAAGCAGGGGUCUUGUGUUGUGGCAGAGAAAUCAAAGGAUUGCACUGGAGCAAUCAGAUGGCCAUCAAACAGGAUUGCUAAUUUUUCCAUCCUAAAAGAGAAGCCAUAUUCCUCACACAUGCCACAGCUCCUACACCUACACCUACAGGUGCAAGGCUACCUGGUGCAAACCUUCCUAUAAGAUAUGACACAGAACUCUGCCUCCAUAACCCAUUGUACUCUCUCAAGUGCAGAAGAUGGGGCUGGUUCCCAGGGUAAAGGGAUUAAGGGCUUACCUUGCAAUAGUGUUGGAAACUACGAACUAUAUGGUCUUCUUCCUUUGCAUCAUAGAGUCAAGAUCGGACUGCAAAUAUAAAACUGCCACAGCAUUCUGUAAUACUGCCUUCACUUUUGCACAUAAAUUGGGCUUGCUUGUUGUACAUGAAAAGCCAAAGGAGGCUUGAUCAUAGCUAUGUGAACUCUAUCCUAAAUUUCUGGGGAGACAAGAAUGCUUUGUGACUACCUGAUGAUGUGAUAUUAGCUCCCUCACCUUUUUCCUUUUUCUUUUGUGGAUGCCGUUUGUAUCAUGCAGGUACUAAACUUCUGAACUAAACCAAACUUCUGAACCUCUUCAUAUCUCUCCCUCCCCUCCCUGUCCUUCAGAUAUCUGUGGAAGAGCUGGAGAGAAGUUUGGUUAUAAAAGUCAAUAAGGAUGCAGUUAUGAAGAUAGCUGUCUCAGGGGAUUUGUUUACUCUGGACAGAGGACUUUAUCAGCUGAACCUAACAGUGGGAGGUGUUCCUUUUAAGACUAAAGAUCUUGUCCAGCCUGUAAGUACUACUGUUAAGUAUAUAUAGGGAGUAAUCCACUGGUGUGAGGUGGUCACCUGGCAGCUCAUAGGUCAGAUCCAGCCUCUGAAUCAAAUUCAUUUGGUUUCUGGAAUUCUUAUUGAAUUUGUAUUUAAGAUGUGAUAAGAUGCCCAAUUUCUCUCAUAAGAUAAAAUGUUCCAAUUCUCUUUUUUAUUUUGUAUGUUGUGUUGUGGGUAUUCCUGGGCUCAGGUGUUCGGGACAGUGGAGUCCUCCUUUAUGGAUUAGCCUUUCCCCAACUUGGUGCCCUCCAGAUGUCAGUGUUCAGUAAGGGAUGAAUUCCCAUUAACGUCUACAAACAUCUAUUAGCCCCUCUCCACAUUGUCUUUCCCUCCUAAACUAAAAAGCCUCUUGUGUUUUAGCCUUUUCUCAUAGGGAAGCUGCCAUAACUUUUUUUCCAUUACUGUGAUACCCUGUUUGAGAUAGGUUGACAUGGAUUGUACACAGUGUUCCUAGUGCGGCUGUACCGCAGUUUUAUAUAAUGAUUCGUUUUAACAUAAGGCCAUCUCAGUAUCUUUGAAAGACAUAACCUGACUUUUUGGAUUUGCUGUUACUUUAUGAAUUUAUUGCUUUUCUGUGCCCUACCUUGGAAAUAUUUAUAUUUAAGAGAGGUAUUCAAGUCUUUAAAAAAUAAUUUAUGAAAUGUUUUAAACCCAUAUCCCUCAUUACAAAUUCAGCAAAAAACCGAAAGUAAAGCCAUGCACUUAAUCUUGUUAGAUUAACCCACGAAUGGACGGGUGCAUGAGGGGCUGGAAUUGGCUGAAUGGCGAGGAUAUGACCAUCCAAGAGACAGUGAGAGUGAAUGAUAAGAUGCAGUGCUUUGCGGUUGCAGGAAGAGGCUCCUUCUACCCUGGCAAUGGUUUUGCUGUGUUUAAUUUCAGCUAUGGUAAGUGUCUGGUAGUAUUAUGCUGCAGAAAAUACGCAUUUAAAUUUUGCAGAGAAAGAGAAUCAGUUGAGGAGUGCUGUCUUAAAAUUGCCAUAUCCUCUUCAUAAAAAAAGCUCAACCUGAAAUAGAGGUUCAAGUAGUAAAAGAGAAAAAAUGUUAGGUAUAUUAAACCCCACAGAAUAUAGAAAACUCUGGUUUACUUUUUGCUGCUUGCACUUCACAGUGUAUUUUUAUAUUUCAGUUCGGACUUUUCUUGGUCAGGUCAAAGCCUUCCAUGAUUUGUUAUCUGGUGAAACAUUCCCUAUGGGUUAAAAUGCAAUGGUGAGGGUCAUUUUUCUCUCUCUGGCCCUCUGGCAGUGUUGAUUACACUGAGAGUCGAUGUGGUCACCUUCUCAGUGACAUGUGCUGAGUUGAGACUAAUAAUCCUGCACAGACUGAACACAGUAGAGGCCUUUAGGAGGGUGCUUUACAUACACAUCCAUUUCAGCCAAGAUUGAAAUUGGCAUUUGCUCCCUGAACAUAUACUAUACUGUGUUAUUUCAGUGUUACUCACAAGAAGAAAGUUUAAUGUGGAAGUGCAUACCCAAAAAGACUAUCUAAAAUUAAUGGGUCAAGCGAAACCUUGGCAUUUAAAAUCAGAUGUUAAUAUAUGCAUACAUACACACUUGUGUGCAUGGAUAGAUAGAAGGAAAGAUAUAGAAGGCUUUAAAAAGCAGUUUAAAAUAUAUGAUUGUUGUAUGGGAUCAUUUCUUUCUGUGUAGUAGUUGCAUCUUUAAAUAGGUCGUUUUAAAUUCUCCUCCCUAAAUUUAGCAAUGCAAAGUACAAAAAAAAGUUAAUUCAGUAUAUUGUAUACACAUGCCAUCAACCCCCUAGGCUCUUUUGAAAGCAAGGAUGGGAUAGGAAUUCAAAUUAAAAAAAUAAAAAGCUAUUACUGUUAUACAUUUUUCUGCCAGGUUUUUUUUUUAAAAAAAAAAUAAUAGGGCACCAGAUGCCCUAUUAAGGAAAUUAACAAACUAAUAUUUUAUAGAGGAUAGAUGAUCAGUUGGACAGAUUAUUAUUAUUAUUAUUAUUAUUAUUAUUAUUUACUAUCCAGAGAAGUCCCUUCCUUUGGGAUUAUAAAACAUACUAGUGAAUCUUUGUGAUAUUGACCUGUCUCCAAGCCAGAUGCCUGAUCUAUCUCUCCUUUGUUGUACAUGCAGACAGGUAUCAGUCAGACUGCUUCCCACAAUCCCAGGUGUGCUGGGUGAUUUGACUCAUCCUGUCCCCAUGACGCUUUAUAGCAGGAAUUGUCAGCAGUGAGCACCACAAAUUUUCCAUGAUGAAUUGUGCCACAACAACAAGGAAGAUUAAAAUGUGCCGCAAAUAAUAGCCCUGCAAAAGGCGUUCUGCUCCCAGUUUAAUAACUGACAUUUUAAAAAACAAAACAAAUUGUGCUAGUUUGGUAUCCAUUCACAAAGCAUAACACUGAAAUAAGUGAGAACAGAACCUGGAGCUACAAUUAGGUCAUGCGGACCACGUUCUAUUUAUACAUUUAUAUUGCUGUGAGUUUUGUGAAAGUCAUCUUGUUUUCCCCUUGGGUUCGCUGAUAUCAGAUCACUCAAUUACUUCCUAAGGCUCACGGCUGAUGCAGAAGCUGGAUGACUCACAUUGAAGGAUCCCCAAGUACGGCGGGUUGAUAGCCUCUGGCAAUCAGAAGUCUCCCUGUUGAUUAAAAAGCUUAACCUUGGCUUCAAGCAAUCUACAGGGCUAUAGCACUUUCUGUAAGAUGGAUGAAACAGAGCAGUUAAAAUAGUUUCGUAUGGAAUGGCACUCUCCUUUAUACUGGUGAUUUAAUAAUAUGUAGCUAUCUGUCCCGUCCCCCCCUCAGAUGAGGAAAUCUUAUCUGUGCUUGACUAUUUGAAACUUUUAUGUACCUAAGUUCUGUUUUUCUUUCUGUAGCCCAACCACUUGACACCAAUGAAACAGUGAAGCAAUGGGAAGUAAAAGUAAAUAUUCUGAUUCGACCAGCCACAGAUACUGGGGUGCUCUUUGCCCUCAUCAGCAGUGAAGCAACAGUCCCUUUAUCAGUGGCUCUGAUUGACUAUCAUUCCACCAAGAAACUUAAACAACAGGUAAAUACGUAUUAUUCUAGUUUUUUGUUUUCAUUUGGUGUAUGGCUGAGGUUUUUAGGACCAGGAUGAGAAGGCAGCAUGCCAGACCAAACAUGCAAUCCCAGUAGUUACAUUUUCUACACACACAACCCAUCAUCUUUCUCUAUCCUCCAUCCAGGCAUCUAAGAGGAAUUAUCAGGGUUCAAGGACCCAUUCCAGCCAAAAACACUAAAAAAAAGGGAGGGUAUGAGGUAGGGCUAGUGAAAGAUGUGGCACAGAGGGAGUGGGUGUGUUCUGGGGAGAGUCCAGAGGGCUAUAUAGAAAGGAUUGGAGAACCACAUUUAUCCCCAAGGCCUAAGGUUCCCCACCUCAGACUUGAUGUCCCCCACUUAAAUACUCCCAACAAAUCAGGCAUGAAAGUUUAUUUUGCUAGAUGUUACCUGAUGCCGUUAGAGUUGAGAAUAACACAAAUAGGGAGUCACAUUGCUAUGGUGAGGAACUGCUGCAAAAUAACAGCAAGUUUUCAUAGGCCAUGGAGUCCAUACUGUCAGAUGCAUCACAAUAGAAUGCUAUGGAUAGACACAUAGAAAGCUGCCUUCAUAGUGGGCCAGACCUUUCUUCUAUGUAGCUAAGUAUUGUCUUCUGCAGUGACUGGCAGGGCCUUCUCCAGGAUUCCAGGCAGGGGGCAUUCCCAGCCCUACUGGGGAUGCCAUUGGGGAUUGAACCUGGAACAUAGGCAUGCAAAGCAGAUGCUCUAUCACUGAGCUUAAGGCCCCAUAAUCUAAUUCACUGAGUUGCAACCUAUGCCUUUUUGUUCCAUUUUCUCUUUUGAUACGUUGUGAAUGGUUUUAUUGAACUCAAGAGAGAUACUGAAAUUGUACCAGCAGAUUUCCAACUAUGCCCACAACAUAAUAUAUACAUAAAUUUAAUUGAUGGCCAGAGAUUUAUAUCCAUUAACAAUGAAGUUUCACAAAGCAGAAUACUAAAGUAGUGGGAACAGAACUCAGGGCUAUGGUAAUUAACUGAAUAGAGUGGUUAAGGGUGUGCUAGGCACUGGAUUUCACAGAAUUCAGUGGAAUCUACUUUUAGUAAUCAUACAGUCAGUGAUUCUAUACCCUCUUGCCUGAAUUCAAUGGGGCUUUUUUCUGAGUAGAGAUGUACAGGAUUAUAUUGUAAGACUAUAACCUUCAUUGAAUGUAGUGGGGUUACCUCUGAGUAAACAGGCACUGGAUUGUGCAUUGAUGGGAGGGCGUUCCUUGACACUAGUAUUGAAUGUUUAAUAACAAGAAAUAAAUUCUUAGCCAGUAGCGUUUCACAGACCUAGACAGUGAUGGUGGAAGAGGUAAAAAAAUGAAAGAUAACAUCCACCUCCUCAGCUUGCUUUUCUUUGCUCACUUCACCCACCAUAAUUAUGCAGGUCCCUUCUUGCCCAUUUCUUAUCGCCAUAAUAGCUAAAGUGGCAUGUCCCAUGUUCAGAUGUAGUACACCACUGGUUAACCACAUUCUGCAGAACAAGCUGUGUUUGUUGGCUACUAGCUUAAUGUCUUGCUUAUGAGUUUUCCAGAAAUAUCUAGAUAGCCACUGCAGUGCUAGAGACUAGAUAGUUUUAGGACCUACCCAGUUCAUGUGGUUAAUGUACUGAGGAGAAACAUUUGAAUUCAAACAGAGUUAGUUGUCGGCUAGUUUCAAAGCAAACCUUCCCAAAGCCUUUUCUGCUGAGUGUAUUUGGGAGUGGUUGUCCACUACAAUUUUGAACAAUCCUUGCAUUUGGUAAUAGUAUCUUAAGUUCCUCAAAUAUUUCUAAGGUAACAGGGUGUGUUGGUGCUAUCUUUUCCUAUAAAUACCUAUAACUUCCAUUUUCCAUCUCGUUCCUUAUUCUUUCUUGCUAUUCAGUUCGUUGUCUUGGCAGUGAAGAACACAGUGGUGUGCAGACUGGCAGUAAGCAUUUGUGAUGAACAGGAACACUUGAUUGACAUCUCCGUUGACAGAGGUCAAAUAUUGAUGACUGUGGAUGGCACUGCAGGACAGAGUGAACUAAGCCAUUCACAGCUAGAAGAAAAUUUGUCUCUCUUGGAUAAUUACCUGCAAUCAUCUGUGAAGACCUAUGUGGGAGGAUUGCCAGGUGAGUAUCAAAUGUUGCAGUCCAGAAUGUAGACUGCCAAACAGUCAGUAGAAGCGACCAUUCUCUACUUCUGCUUGGACAGCAUUCACAUGUCACAGUAAACUGUGGUUAAUAGUUUACAAUGAAUCCACAGGUGACUCUCACUUUGCUUCUUGUCUAGUACAUACAGGAGCAACAUACUAUGAUCCCUGUCUUGGUGAUGUGUCCAAACUAGGGACAGUGGUUUGUUUUGGUUUGAAGUUGGCUGCUUGUUAAACCAACCACAGUAUGUUGGUUUGUGUUAAGCGGUUUAUUGUGCCAGAUAAGACAACAAACCACAGGUUAACGCAAACUGAAAUAAAAAACUUCUGAAGUUGUCUUCCUGGCUGCAGAUGAGAAAAGAGGGGUUUCUGUGAGCCUGAGGUUUGCUGCAACUUGUUCCUGUCACAAUAAAGCAUGACUUGUUGUGACAUCUAUAGCCUGCCAUUUGAAAUUUUGCCUGCUUGGAGAAUGAAGCACAACUGAACCUGAAGGGUGUUUUUUAUCAGGAGAGGAUGGGAAAGGAAAAUAGUAUGUUCCCAAGCAGAACUCACAAAUGUGAUCAUUAUUCUAAAUUGCAUUCCAUUGUAGUAAGUGAGGGUUGCUUAGAUAAGGGGCCACAUAGAAAUAUUGAAAGAGAAGGCAACAUAUGUUUUAUGUUCAUGAAAGGCCAGAGAAAUGUUCCUGGAAAGAUUAUACUACUUAAAGAGUGGUAUUAUAUAGAUCUCCCUUUAAAGGCUAGCAGAUCCUCCCUAUGAUUCUAAUGUGACAGGAGUGAAAGCUAACAAUCCAGUCUGGCUGCUUCCAGGCACUUUGAAUGCAAAGGUAUAGACCCAUUCAUGUUGAUGAAUUAAAUCUGGGCUAUUCACACAAAAUAGUGUUGGAAUAAGAGACUUCCUCAGUGUGGAAACAUUAUCAGGCAUCACCCUUUGUUCUGUUUUCGGAGCGAUAAAAUCUGGGUGUCUGCUUUUAGAGACACAAGGGUUAAAAUGUUUUGGUUUGCAGAGAAAUUCUAGUGUACUGGGGGAGUGGAAUGGAAAUACCACCAGAUGUCUGCAUCUGCUGGAAUGUUUCCUGCCCCACCCCACCAAAAAUAUUUUAUGCUUCAGUUAUUUUUCUCCCAAGUAGCCGGUGUCUUUUUGAGGAGUGCAGAGUUCUUCCUGACUUUUUUUUCUGGACAUCAACCAAGCCCUAAGUAAUAACUUCAGCGAGAGAAGGCAUGGAUUGUAAAGGAUGCAUCCAUUUUCAGGCACAGUUCCAAGUGCUGGUCUUUAAAGUCCCACAUAGUUUAGGACCAGCAAAAAGGUUAAAGGAUUGAUAUUCCUGCUCUGGUGUUGAGAUCUUCUUCAGAGGCCCUUCUACAGGCCUUUGGAAGUGAGGUGAGCAGUGAUAUGAAAGAGGAUGUGUUAGUACUGGUGCCCUGGCUUGUCUUCCCCAGGAAGGCUUGCUUGGCAACUGAAGACCCUUCUCCUUUUUCUCUUUGUGCCUGGGCCUUUUAGAUGUUUAUUUUGAUAGGUUUCUGAAUCUUUCUAGGAUCUGGAUUCAAUGUCCCUAGUUUCAAACAGCUUUAAUGCUGUUUGUUUUGGUUUUAUUUAGUUGGUUUUAUUAUUCAAUAUUGAAGAGCAAGAAAUGUAUAAAUUAAUAAAUGUCUAUGGAAAGUCUCUCAGUGCAUGCAAAUCUGGAAGGCUCUAAGCAUGCAAAGUGGAUGGAUCUUGCCCAAUAGGUGACUUUUUCGGUUUUAACUAUUGUCCAUUGGUGGUGCUUUAGGGAAUAUGACAGCAGCAUAAUUUGAAUAGUAGAAUAUAUUUAAUAAAUACUACUUAUCUGUUCAGUUUUUCUACAUGGUAGCUCAGCUUAGUACAAUGUGCCCACAGGGAUCCUUCAUCUCAUCAGCUCUUCCUUUUUAUAUUUUGUGUCUUUUUCUGCAGUGGCCCCUUUGUUAGUUGCAUAGUCUUUUCCUAAAGUAUUUUCUUCUUCUUCAAAAAAAGGGUAGUUAAGAGGCAAAAUACAAUCACACUGAUAAAUUUUUACCUAAUUAUACCUUAAAAUCCCCCCCAAAAUUUACUUUUAUUAGAAUGCUAAUGGUAUUGCUGCAAAAGGUGUCAUGUGGUUUUCUUAAAUCAAUGCUUUUUUUUAGUUUCCUCCACAGAAGCAUUUUGUUUAAGCCAAUUUUUGUUACAUUAGAUGUCAAUGCAUAGCUUGUUUGUUUGUUUGUUUUUUACAUGACCUCCAGAGCACAUGAUACUUCCUUUUUUUUUUGCAAAUUUUACGUUUGCCAACUUUUGAUCAAAGUCUUGUAGUUGUGUCUUUAACAGAACCCUGCUCUGCAGGAAUUUGCAGGCUGUGUUUCUCUUUGCCACAAAAGGUUCACUGUUAAUUCCUGCAGAUCCAGCUUGUGUUACAGGCAAGGCUACACAGGAACGGCUACAGAGGUUGUUAGGUCAAAAACUGAAACCAUGGUGUGUGCGUGCAAAUGUGAGUGAGAGAAUGAUUCUCUGCAGAUUAAAUUGCAGGUGGAUUAUAAAUUAGACAUAGCAGUAAUGUUGAUAUAAGCUGAUUUCUUCAUGUAUUGGCUUAUACUAAAAUCCUGUCUCUCUCUUCCUGCUUCAGUGUUUACAUGGAUACUGGUAGGCAUCUAAUAAAAGAUUUUUACCAAUUCCAACACAGCUGUGAUCAAAGGUGUAUGACAGAUAUAUUAUCUUAAACAUCUCAAGUGCAGCUUGCCUUCCCGCCUUUUACUAAAAAAAUUAUUUGGCUGAUUCCCAAUAAUAGUAAGGAAAAUAUUUCCAUAGCCUAUAUGCAUGUUCUGUGCCUGACAGGGUGGUCAUCCCUCUAUCAAAUAGCACUAGGCACAUAGAAGUCAUUUGCUAAAUCUUUAUCUGGGUUCCUGUACUCCUCUGCCUGCAUCCUCACCACACAAUGCUACAUGUGCACUUAGCCACUGUCUAUUGGAAUGAAUGCCCACUUCUUCCACCAUGGAGCCCAAGGUGGUGUAUAUGCAGUUCCCAGGCAGUUUCCCAUCCUGGCACUGACCAGCCACAAACCUGCUUAGCUUUAGGAAGGUGGUGACCUCAUGCUCCUUUGGACCAUACCCCAAGCCCUGGGAACACAUCCAUACCUUCAGAUAACAUCAGCCAGCUUGUGCUGAGCUGCAGAUAAUUUAAAACUGAAUGGCAAGCGGGAUGAGAACAUCUUCCACAGAAUGAGAUUAUCAGAUAAUUACACUUCAUCAGAAGUCGCCUCUGUCCUAAAUUAUGUAAUGGUUAAUCCAGACCUUUUGUCUAGGAAUUAAGUUACAAGGGGCAGCUUUUUCCAGACAGAACCCUAAGCUGUUAUCAGUGCAGAUAGUCCUGAGGGGAAGAGACCUGCAGGCUAAACUUGCCUUGGUGCCAAAACUUAUCUUACAAUCGAACAGAAGACCUUGGAAAGGAAGACAAGAACAAAAUUCGAGAAAGAGAAGAAGCAGUGAAACACUACAAACCCCAACAAUUUCUAAUUCUUUGUAUGCAGAAACAAGUUCCUUCUGCGAAAGCUUCCCUGAAUUUUGCAGCUUAGCUAUUCCCAUAGCCUGUGUUAGUCAUAGCCCCAUGUACAGCUUAGAAUGUUAAAUGGGAAAAAAAUGUUUUGUUUUAGAAUUAACAAGAAUAAGGAACUUGGUGGUAACCUUUAUUGAAUAUGUUUUCCUUCUCUUUUUUUAAAAAAAACAAAACAAAACAUACAGAUGUUCCUGUCACUUCAACUCCAGUCACCGCUUUCUACCGUGGCUGCAUGACAGUGAAAGUUAACAAGCAAGCUGUGGAUCUAGAUGAAGCUGUCUACAAGUCCAAUGACAUCACAUCUCAUUCUUGUCCUCCAAUAGAGACUGGUCAAUAGAUGCCACUGCAACACACACAAACGUUUUAUAUUCAGAAAAGUCCCAUUUCAAUGCUUUCCUUUAUAUAUAUAAAUAUAUAAAUAUAAAUAUAAAUAAGAUAUAAAUUAUUCAGACUUCCAGCACUGCGUGUAUAGUUCUCUUGAACACUGAAGUUAUGUAGGAGCUACUGAAACUCGUGUGUCAGAUUAAUUAUUGAAAUAUUUCUUCGCUUGGGAGGGUUUCUAAGAUGUAAUAUAUUUGUAAAUAGUUGAGAAAACUGAUAUUAAUAACCCAAAGCUGCAAAUUAUUGCCGAAGGUGAGUUGUUAAGAGGCAGGUCAUACCUGCCAUGUGGCAACUGGUAAUAUAUUCUGAGUGGACUGGAAGAUUAAAAAAUAGUUCUGUAUUUUUUUAUUACCAAAUGCUGCUUACUGACUUAAUGAAAUAUGAAAGAAUAAAAUAUAAGAACUUUUUUUGGACUUAGCUGAAGCAAUGAUGGUCUGUGUUCCGGAUGGACUUUUACUUUAUUCAUGUUGAUUUGGAGCAAUAUUAGAGUUUUAUAUCAAAGCUUGGUUACUUUGUUGGCUGAUGAUAUUCGGCAACUAGGUUGUGUCUUUUUCUAAUGAAUCUAGGCAGAAAAACUUGUCUGAGGCUUUUUUAAAAAGCAAAGAGUGAUAGCAGUUAUUGAGGGAAGAUGGACUUUUAAGAACACAUGAGCAAUGGAGCUGUUGGCAUUUAAACCAGAAGCAAGUGCUAUCAAUCAUGGCAGAAUAGAUCACUACAAACUGGAACUGCCUCUAUGUGUUGCAGGGCUGGUGGUUGUUGCUGUUGUUGUUGUUUGUGUGGGGUGGGAAUACUUUGCUCUCUUGCAUUAAGUCCUUUGGGUGGUGCUAGUCUGUUAUGAAAUAGUUUGCUUCACUUUAUGUAUUCUCUAGCACAUCCAUACGCACAAUGUUUGGUAUGUUAUACUCUCCCCAGUGGAAAUGACAAGGCUUUUCCUCCCACUUAGGAGUAUUGGAGACAGAUGGUUUGCAUUUUCAGCAUGGGUGCAGAAAUAGCAGUGGAAUAGAGCACUUUAUCCCUCCCCCACCCUCUCACUACAUGCAAAACUUCUACAUAUGGAGCAUAGAGAAUAAAGACUUCUACUUAUCCCCACUGCCUGCCCUCUCUCCUCUAGCUGUUAUGGUCUGUCACACAAACUCUCUUCUGUAGUGAGGUAAGUAUGGAACAGGGGUACAGGGUCCCUAUGCACCAUGACACUGGGGGUGGCUGCUGUGCCCUAGGCAGCAAAAUAUCUUGGGCUGGCCCUGGCACUUACUCCCCUUUUAAUACUCACCCCACUUGCUUCCAAUUUGCUCAUAGUUAGGGAUGGGUAAGAAAUUCAGUUUGGUUUGUGUUUUAAUGUGAGCAGAUCUAAUUAAUACUUCCCAAAAUUAGCAAUUCUUUGAAUUUUAUGUUCCAGCUCUCCAAACAAAAAAAGUGUGCAUUUCCUUUCUUUACAUUGAAUUAUGAACUUUUCAUUAAAAAGUCCCAUUUAUUAUAUUUGCCUGUUCUGUUCCAUCAACCAUAUUCAGAAAUGGGGAACCUGUGGCUGUCCAGAUAUAUGUUGCCUGUGGUUGAUGGGAGUUGGAGUCCCAUGUCAUCUCAAGGGCCACAGGUUCCACAUACCUGGGAUAAACCGCCUCCAUGUCCUGCUUGCUUUCUAUUCCUCUUUCCUCCUCUCUGUUCCCAAGUUUUCUUCAUCAUUAUCCUCCACCCACCCCGCUGUCUCAUUCUACAUAAUGUGAAAAACUCUAAGCUGGAAAUGGGUAACCUGUGGACUCCAUCCUGAGAUAAAUCCUGAAACCACAGCCACUCCCUGUCUCAUUCCAAACCUCUGCCAAAGGUUGCUUCCCUGUAAAUAGCAACAGAAGCUUUUACUACAGCCCCCCUUUUGUUAUGUGCCAACAUUAAAUACUGCAUCACUUGUUGAAUCUGUAGCAUAUGGAAAAGAUAACUUUAUUUUUAGUAGUAGUAACUACUGCACAG